GGAGCUGGGACCACUAGGAGGGACGACGACGAGAGACGCGAGACCAUCCUCUUGAUGGCCUCUUGCAUCCAAAAGGGAGAGUGAAAGAUGUAGCUGCAUGCAGAACCGCAGCCAAAACACGAGGACGACCAUGGAGCUCGACUCCCCGAGCAAGAGGUCAUCUCCCUCUUGCUCGUCCGGCAUGGCGGCUCGCCAAAGAUGCGACCCUUUAGUGCCCGGGAGAAGCGAAAGUUCGGCUUCAGAGAGGAUGUGUGACCCUGGUCCUGAAGUCGUUGUAGAUGAUCGUGAUGGCCGCGGCAGCCGCCGGAACUGCAGCCAACACCGGCGGCAAGUAUCACACGACGCUCAGAGUGUCGCAAGGGGGUUCGAUCGACGAGAAAUUAUAUCACUAUGUGGAGACUACAGCCCGAUAAAAAGGCGAGGCGCCCACAAGGGCGAUGGAAGCGACAUCAUUCGGAAGAGCAGUGCAAAAAACGAUGCCGAGCCGCGCGAUGGUGGAAGAAAGCGAAGUAGAUCAGAAUCAUUGUUGAGGCUGACCUGGAGGAGGAAGCGGAGGCGGCGGCCUUGGCGGGAGAAACAGGAAAAAGACGUAGAACAAACUGAGCACGACUUUGGAAAUAAAUGCGAAAGUAAACAUCGUCGUGCUUCAACCCCAUCAUCUUUCUUCGAACUACACGAACAACACGACGCUUUUUACACCGACAACCUCAACAUUAUGAGAUCUGAGGUUUUCGUAAGGAAAUAGUUGAUCGUCAAGUGUGGGAGUUGUCUAUGGUAGUUCGUAAGUCGGGGCUGUGAGCAUCCGGUCACCACACUCACACUUUAUUUUGAAAAGCGAAUGACACAUUCGCACGGCGACCUUGUCGUCCGGCAUUGUGGCAGCUCCUUUUCGCGUUCGAAAUCUGCACACCAGCAGCUUUUCGUCGCCUUUCGUCGUCUCGGUUCCUUCGUCGUCGAUUAAGGUCCUGUUGGGCAUUCGCACAUCCGCGAUGCACACACAGUUCCGAUGAUCUCUGAUAACAUGUCAGAAAGCCAUCGGUUCGUUAUGGACCAUGGUAGCCUUCGGCUGCAGCUGCCACUGUCAUUGGAGCGCACCCCGUGCGCGCCAUGCAUAAGUCUGCAACGCGCCCGCGUUCUUGGCUCCUGUCUGGAUCACUGUCGCGUAUUUCUCCAAGAUCUGUGUUACAUGGCCAUUUCGUUGAUCUUGCGUGAUUUUGGUUAGUUAUUGCAUCGUGCUGUUACCGAGACCACGCGAUGCCCCUGCUUUCAUUCGGUUCACUGCUUGUAGUUUCACGUUUGAAAAAGGAUCUACACGAUUUACUUUCCCUCUGCCCUGCUGGCGAGAAGACAGAAAUUCGUGUUUGGACACAGAACAAGAUGGCUCUGUCGUUAUCCGCUGCAGAUCUACUGCAGAUGCAGCGCAUCCUCUCCUCGUGUGCCAACGACAUCUCGUUGCACACGCCCGUCUGGUGUGCGUUGGUGUACGGAAACCUGUCUUUGGAGACGGUCGCCAACCUCGUCGAAGCUCACGCUCAGCGCGUACAAACAGCAGGCCCGCGUGCGUUCACCAUCAUGGAUGACGAGCACCAAGACCCGCAAAUUGCCAGAGCCAACUGUAUGGCCUACAGCCAGGAACUGCGAGAAUCUAAGUUGCGAACUACAAACGCUCUGCUGGUAUUAGUUGUGUUUCAUUGUAUCUUAUGCAUGACAUACUGACGCUUUUUUCUUGCAUUGCUUUGUAAUGUACAUUAUCAUCAAUUCUUUCAGGAAACGGUGAGUCGCCUGGCGAUGGGGGCAAAGCCGUCCCAGAGAUUCAAGACGUUACUCUGGGAGUUUCCGAUUAUCUUCUUGCCGCAGUUUGCCUCCGCCAAGGCCUGGAACCCGGCCUUCGCCGACUGGUUCUUAGGUCAAGCCCCCACCGAACCCGGUGCGGUGAAAUUGUUAUCUGAAAGAUCCGUGGUGUCGAACAUGACAAACGAUACUUUCAAUGAGCCGCUGCAGCGCAACGAACAGCGCCUGCAGUUACAAAACGAGAACUAGCUGAAAGCUAGGAGCAGAACUCUUUAGAUUUCAGACGAACAUGUCUUGUGAUACGAGCUGACGCUAGUAGGUCUUUCCGAAUGCGAAAGUUUGUUGAUUUACGAAAAAGUCCGAUUCAAAAAAGCAUUUGUGAUAGCUCUUUUCUCGUGGGUUAUGAUCGCACUGUGUUCUACUUUUUGACGUCCUGUACACAUGCUUUUUUAAUUUUUUCCUUUCGUCUUCCUGUCGUCGUCACACAGAACACGAUCCUCCUACCUCUUCAUUUGUAUUUAUGUGCAAUGUGCAGUUUUUACUUGAGUGCAACCAGCAUUCGCUCACGAUGUCUUCAAGAUGCGUUAUCUGCUUCUCCGGCACGAUCGCCGAUGCCGAUCGUGAGUUGUUUUGCUCGGAAGCAAGCUGUGCAGCAUGUUCCUGCAUUUGCUCCAACUGCUACAAGACGAAUGGAGGGAUCAUUCUAAUCGACGAGUUCGGCAGCUACGAUUUCCAGACAAAAGUUGGGAAGUGCAAAGCCUGCAAAAGAACGAAGACACUCUCGGACUCCUCGAAAGUCAAGGACAGGAUCGAUCAGCGAGCGGGCACAGCAGACGUCACUCAGCAAGUGAUUGCAGCCCACCCGUGGUACGCAACCUUCGCGGCCACACCAAUCGACCUGAAGGCCAAGUACUACGAAACUCUCAAGCGCCCCCCGGUCAGAAGAUCCCAGAAAAUCGACAAAGACCAAGGCAAGUUCAUGAUGAAGUUGUUCGCCGUGCACUUAGCAACCACCAACGCGGCAGCACAGGUAUAUCUUGUUUUUCUGGUCAUGUGAUGAUGUGGAUGUUGCAUGUCAGUUUUAUUUUGAUUCUACAUUUUGACCUCACAGAGCUUCAUCGACAGUACCAACCAGCAAGAUAUUCCCAAGUGCAGUUGGAAGAACAUGAUCUUGCCCCCGGCGGGUUCCUUGUACGAGUUGAAGCAAUACCUCCAGACACUGAUAGACCUCUUCCCGAACGAAGAGUGGACUAUCCUGGCCCGGUAUUUUCUAUGGCCAGUGACAUACUACGAACGAAAAUCGGCCGCGUUGACCAAAAACUCGAUCGCGCCCAAGAAGCUACCGCUGAAUUACAAUUACCAAAUGUACGUAUAUCCUGUUUGUUUCGUCCGAUGCUUCCAAACUCUCAUUCGUCGUUUGUUCAUCUUUUGUAUUCUGCCAUGUCUUUUGCAUAUUCACGCUUGAGUGAGCUGUUUUGCUAAGUAAUGAUAAAAACAAACUCUCCGCAGAUAUUUCUUCAUCAAAGAAUUCGCGGCCCAGCUCAAAAACAAGUAUACCACAUCUCCAACCGACGAGGGAUUUUACAAUUUAGAAUACGCGGCGGCCAUGACAACGGCAGCGUGUGAUAAUUUGUGCAAACCAAAUAUCAUUCAACGCAUGAUGCAACUGGGUGGAAAUCUCAUGUCUAUGAUUGGCGGCAACAACAAAAAUCGAGUCCCGGACUUGGGACAACACCCCGGUGGUGGUGCAAGCUCAGAGCAGCAGAAGAACAAAAUUGUGUACGACGAAAUCAACACCAUCAUGAACAACGCACCCAAAACGACCGCGGGCGGCUUAGGUGCACUGGAGGCUGCGAAUGCGAAGAGUCCCACGAUUCUGUCUACCUGGAUGUCCCACACGCAGAGCUGCGUCAACUGCAUCAUGGCAGGCAAAGGACCAGGCAACCACCACAAGGACGGCCAGCUGGGCUUGAAAGCGUGCGCUGCAUCAGGAAACAUCUGCUACAUCAAGUGCCCAAAGCCGCAGUGUGGUGGUGAGGCGCACUGGAACAAAGACUGUCCCCUCAAAGGAGGAGGCAAGGGGAGCCAGCAGUUCCAGCAGCAUGGAAACCAGCAGCAAGGUCUAGGUGGUAAUAUGUUGCGUCCUUUCCCAAAGGCCCCACAGUUUAACAAUCAGGGCGGGAAAGGGGCCGGUUUGAAGCGACAAAAAAACAAUGGUGGAAAAGCUUCAGCUUCAGUGUAUAGCAACCCUUUCGGACAAUAAUCAGUCUGCAAAACGUUUCUUACGAUUUUUUUUAAUGAUGAAAUAGAAGUCGCAGCACCAACCCGAUAAUCUACACAGGAGGUUACGAGCAGGUCGCAGUGUUCUUCUUUUUUCGUGUUUUGCGUCCUUUUUGUCCUUUUAAGCAUCAGCUGCUUAUUGAGAUCUCCAGAGCGCAUCACAGAUGCUACACCCCGAGUGAUUCCGAGCCGAGCGAUAAGCUCCUUGCGAUUCAGUUUCGUACUCUUACGUCUUGCCGCUUCUUUAGUGCGAACAGGUUGUAAAUACAACGAUGAAUAAGUUCAUUGCAAAUAAUGCGUGUCACGAAGCCCUGGGCGAGGACGUCCUGCGGCGCGAGCUACAAAAGCUGGCAGAGCAAGCAGCGGUUGCAGCCUCCCUGAAGGAGCUAGCAGGCGCCGACAAGAAGUCAGCCACGAAAAGCCACCCACAGUUGAGCGACGCAGCAAGACCAUCGCAGCCAUCAAAGCGAAAAGCCCCAGAUUAUUACAACACCAUCAUGGACGCCGUAGAAACUGAGCUGGUGCAAGUGGAAGACUGGCAUGAGCAAGCACUUGAUGAGUUCAACGAAAUCAUCCCAGAUUCCGGUUUUGUAACAGCGGUGUCUUCUCCAAGCAGCCAGCACAAAUUCGCUUCCUCUGCUUUUCGUUUGGCGGGCAUCCACGAGCACAUGGAGAAACGGAAAGAAGAAGUUAAAAAGCCGCUCGACGCAUUACUGAAUUUCAAGCCCGUCAGCAGCAGAAGUUCGUCGAGCGCAGCGUCGUCUUUAUCAGUCAGCUUCAGCAUGGCUUCGUCGUCGUCGUCCGUGAGCGAUGCCACGUCUGAUUCAGUUGCACUCAUUUCCAGACCGGGCAACAUCAUUCUCUCAACGCCGACUCCGUCAAUAGCGAGCGUGCUACAUUUUUACCAGCAAGCAAAAGGAAAAGCCGUUGUAAAGUACAAGCCAUUCUGUGAAGACGAAGUGACUUUCGAUUUCGAGAUCAAAGCGUCGAACAACGGCAUAUUCGACGCGUUCCCGCUAUCGAACCAGGCGGCCGAACUCCUGACUGCAGCCACCGCAGAACACGCGAGUGCGUCCAUCACAGAUGGCACUUCGAAAGGAUACUCGGCAAUUUUGUCUAAAGUUGUGCCAGCAGUAGCAAAAGAACUCGGGUUCGUUUUAUGGCCCAUAACCUCUGACGCCGAGGCCACCCUCAUGUUCGUAGCGUUUGCCCACGUCCACGAGAUUCAUAAAGCCUACAAAAACAAAGAGACGAACCGGAUACGGUGGGGCGCUUUCCUGCAGCUAAGCGCCGCGUUGAACGCCUUCAACGCCUCCCGGGUAGAGCUCAGUGGGUACACGACGAAGAACAGAGGAGCCUUUUUCCAGAAGCUGUGGAAAGGGUAAUGUUGUUCUUACUGCUCGAAAAUUUUCUCUUGCUACUGCCACAAUUAUUUGUGCCACAUAAUCAUUUCCAUAUGGAUAUAUCAUAAUGAUAACAUUUUCAGGUUCAAGAAAGAAGCACACCAUGGUGCCCCGCUAGACGCAAAAUGGUGUCCAUCCACGACCGAGAUGUUGGACGCGUACCACGCAGAAUGGGAUCACUGGUCGCAACACCAUGGACACCUCCUGAAGGCAGACAAGGAAUGGUCCAAGCGUGCAGUCCUGAACAUGUCAUCAUCAGACAUCAAUUUAGUAAUGCGGUUGCAGAAGCUGACGAUGGUAGUUGUCGCUUUCUUCUGUGUAAGAAGAAACGAUGAAUUGCGCGAGCUGAGGGUGAAGGACGUUGCCGUAACAUGCACAAACGGCAUCUCGCCCCAAUUUGCAAUUUUUGUAGCGCACGCAAAAAACGACCAGUUGUCUCAGGGCUCAGAAGCCUGGGUACCAUCAUACUUUACAACCCUCUUAGGAGCUUACCAAAGGUUCGGCAGGGCAUUCUUCGACGCUGUUAUUGGCAGAAAGUGGUCGCCAAACGACGCUUAUUUUUUUGUAAUCGGUAACGCAAACAUUAGAAAUAGGGGCGGGCAGAAGAGUAGCAAGGACGGCAUUCGCAAGGAUGUGAAAACAUUCUUCGAAACGGCCUUACCAGAUGUAGCCCCAAAGAAGCCGAUCUCACUCCGCAAAGGUGGGGCAAAACAUUUUAUUGCCCACGACGCCUCGCGCAGAUUAGCAUAUCACCAGGGCGGCUGGAGAAAUUCCUACUGUUUAGAUAUCCAUUAUGCGCCCAUUUCCAGCACAGAGCUCAGGAACAUGGUGAAUAUGCACGAGAGCAAAACCAUAGAUGAUUAUAACAGUGUCUUAGCCCUCAGGAAUCUCGACAGCGCGCAUGCGUCCUUCGUACACGAUGACGACGCGAUCAAGUUUACAGCUUGUAUAGAGAAAAUAGCCUGGGGAAAAAUCUCACUUUCGAAUUUUCAAGAACUCUGCCCGAGGCUUUUCGCACACGUAGGUGAAGGCAAUUGUGACGUGGCGGUCUACGGGAAAGUACUGGACUUCAUUCAGAAUUGCGACGAAAAUCUGUACAACGUAGUUUAGCAUUCGACACACAAAAGGAAUCACACCCUGAUGCCCACGCACAACAUGGACAUUCUUGUCUCGCUUUGUUCUUCUACCGCUUUUUCGUCCUUCCUUUCUUGUCUUUACUGCUCGAACGACUGCACGAGAGUAAAAAUCUUUGACGAAUAAUAGACUAAGUAUUAGCAAAAAUCAAAUCAAGAUGGAACGACCGUUGAUGCACCUUUCUGGCUGGCGCUUUUGGGCCCAUGUCACGCGCAUUUUCGUACAGAAGUGCUGGAUUCUGGUACAGCGCCUGUACAAUGCGCCUGCACUGUUAGCACGAGCCGCUUACGACGACAGUCGUUUCGACUUUGAAUCGUUUAUGCGCACUUACCGGUCCGCACAGCACUGGUGCUACAUCAUUAAGUUCUACUCAACGUCCGCGGGAAGAGUUUUGAUUCUGUACAUGCUGAUCGAACUCGGCCUCAUCAACGGCUAUUCCCUCCUGUGUGCUAGCGUGGCAUACUUGGUGGUGCAGAAGGCCGAACACUGCCGGUUCUAUUGUUAUUUUUUACCUGUUUUCGACAUUUUGCCCGAAUUGAUGUAUUUAGCACCCCAUAUUCUGGCUACCCGACUUUCCAUUUGUCAUACAUGUCAGAGCCGCAGUAAGUGGUAUGGAGGACGCUCCUGUGCCAUUCUCUAGAGCGCCCACACACGUGAUCCACACGCUCUGGGGUAGCCCCCGGUUCCUGGAGGGAAGAAAGCCUAGAGCACGGUCCACCCUGCGCACGGGCAUUUUUUGCCGCCCUGCGAAAGCCCAGAUCAAAUGGGGCACGACGAUACGAUCAAAAAAAUUGGAGCACAAAAACGGCUAGUACAGCUGUCACCAAAUGCCUCUUUUAGUGCUUUGCCUUUUUUCAUCCACAGGGACCUUUGCCACGAUCAGUUUUUUGAUAGUCGGAUUUAGGAUGAAUCUUGAACAUAUCGAUUACUUCGUCAAACAGCCGGUAGACCGGCAGGCGAAGUCAAUGUUGAUGAACAUCAAGGACUUAGGAAAAUCUGAGCAAAAUUCGAAACAGCUGAUGGAAGUCAUCACCGGUUUCCGCUGGUGCAUGUCCAAAAAUCUCAUUGCUUCCAAAUCCUCCGACCCCGACAAGUUACGUUCCACGUGCGUGACUUUGUUGGAUUGUUUGGAAGCAAUUGCUUCCCGGCAGGCUUGCCAAGGGAAACUCGCGGAAGCGCUGGCGUGCGCGAUGGACAGUGUCCAUAGCCAUCUAAGUGAAAUUUGGCACUAUCCGGCCCAAAACGAGACGAUGCAAGGAAAGAAGUGGAAUUCUUUGUUGCAGACCCGCAAUUUCGCGCACACAGCAGUAGCAAUGUAUCGCGAGCAUCGCGACGCCCCGCCGGCGGAAAUCGCCAAGAUCUUCAACUUAGAAAAGAUGAAGUUCAAGAAAAUCCGGAUGUACGAGCUUAACCUGCGGAAAGAAGGAAAAGAAUUAGCCCGGUUGAAUGACAAAAUGCUGCUGGAAUUGCUGCACCCGCGGGAUCUCCCGGAGCAUUUGAAAAACAAAACCAAUGACUCCUCCAGCGAGUCGUCGUACCCAUCAACCAAUGAUGACUAAUUCAGGUGCAUGGGAAGAUUGGUCGGAGCACAGAUCGCCGCGAGGAACUUUUUUAAUGCUCAUGGACGAGCCAUCGGACGGGCAGUAGUGCGAUACCUGGAAUUAAACCCAGAGCCGGAAGGCAGCCUACCACCGAGCCACCACUCGUCCGACAACGAAGUUGAUGUGAGCAGUGAGAGCUCUGAUGAGGAGAUUGUGAACCCCCAAGAACCUGUGUUGCGCCCACACAUCGACUGAACAAAAACGAUCGUGAGCAUCACUUUGAAUCUUUGUUGAAAAAAUAUUCUCUUGAGUAACCUUUUUCGAUACACAAAGAACAAUAAAGUGGAAUCACCCGAUGCAAAAAAGUGCAGGCAGUCAGAAAAGACAGCAUUCUUAUUACUUUCUUUUGUUCAUCGUCGUCGUCUCUAUUCCGAAAAACUCUUUCUUCUUGUCGCGUUUUACGCAUCACAGUCAUCUUUUUCAAUUCACAUUUAGGCCGAAGAGAAGAUGUAUCAAGUAGCACAAGAGUUGAUCAGGCGCUUGCCGAGAGAGGAGAGGCGCUACCAGGAUAACAUUCACAGGAGUGAUAGAACCUUAAGAGCACAACUUGCGCUUUGCUCUGAUAAGCAAUUAUGUACAAUUCAAACUAACUGGAUAAACAAAAAUGCGUGGCUACUUUCUCCCGAGGAUGUCGCUCGCGGGCGCGUGCGUCAAGACCUCAGAGAUGCAUGCGCCGACGCGCAAUGUUGUCUAAGCAGGUCCAAUAUUCUCGCAAUUAUUGAGCACGAACGAAGAAAGAGAGACUCCUUUUUUGUUUACAGACCAGACACAGGAUUAAUAAUGCGAAACCCCUUCUAGAUGCCUCGCAUCGUGUUCCGGGUAGCCAUGUUUUGCGGCUACGAGAUAGGGAGAUCCGCAGCCCUAGCCAGAGUGCACGAGCAAGCCGAUCGUCGAGCCGCGAAGAAGCAAAAACGCGAUGAGAAGUCGUUUUGCGGCGUGCAAAUAGGCAGGCUGCCAGAAGUGCACAUUCCGGCGCGGGGCACCACGAGAAAAGUGGUCGAAAAGGAUACAGAGCGGCAGUACAACGAGUGCUGGGAAGACCCCAGGCUGAUUUUCAAGCCGCAGCCACCAGCCGCAGUCUGGGAUCAGCAUCUCCCGCAGCCAGCAAAGCCGCCAAAGCAUUAUCAACAUGAAAUCGACGAGAUCGACCUCUCCCGCCUGGUGGCGCCAACCAACGUCUAUGGUGACCCGUACGCCUUCACGCCAAUAUCACCGUAUUCGAUUGACGACUAUCGCAAAGAAGGCGCACCGAUCACGAGAGAAGAAGUUAGGCCGCUGCUGGCGAAGCAAGAUGGCCCAGAAGAUAGAUGGCGGAAAGCAGAGGAUGACCAAGCCUUUGAAGGUCUGACCAUCAACCCAGCAGAAUGUGUCCGCUACGGCCUCGCACCAGAAGCACUCAGAAAAGCAUGUACCGGCAUAAAGUUCAAGCAGAUCGCAGAACACCUCGACCCCGUCGUGUGUGAGAACUACCCAGCAGCCAAACAGCACCCGGAAGUGUACAGCGGUGAGUUCAAGCGGUUCUUUGAGGACAAGAAAAUAAUUUUGUACGACGUCAAAACCCAGGAAAACGAGGAGGGAGAGCAAGUCCAGUUCUGUGACUACCCUCCGGACCUGACUUGUGUGCCAGGAAAUUUGCUUUUCCAACGCGACGACAAGAUCAGAGUCAUCAGCGAUUAUAGUUCAGAAUGGGCGCUCAUCAACCAGUCGAUUUUUUCCACAGAAGUAGACUACAAGACGUACUGGGACAUGUUCUUGCACUUGAAGCCGAAUUCACUAGGCAGCGGAGUUGAUUUCAAAGAUUCCUUUGGUCACUGGCUAGUACAUGCCCGCUUCCGCAGGAUGCUUGGAAUAAAUUUAGAAGCCACAACACAAAAAGGUGGACAUUUAUAUUGCCCAUUUGGCAUCGGACCGGCUCCUGGUGGUAUCGAAAAAAAUCAGUGCCCUGUCCUUUGCAUGAUCAGGUCCAGCAUCACACAGAGCACUGAUUUUUUUCCUUGCAUACAAGAAAAUGAUUUCUUCGUGAAGGCCUUCCUAGCCGCGGUGGCGCGAAACGGCGUAACAUCGCCAUAUCUCGACUACGUGGAUGAUGUCCGCUUCAUCACCAACCCAGUGAACGGACGGCCGAACUACGACAAAGCAAAGUUUGACCUGGAAAGAGCGGUGUACAUCUUGACCAAGAUGGGCAUCAAAAUCCACCACAAAGAAUCGAAGCUAAUCCAGCCGUCCACAAGCUUCCCCUGGCUGGGCAACGUCUUCAACACCGACCCGAGAGUGUGCAACAUCAUCCUGGACCCAGCACGCAGGGAAGAGUACCUUAAAGCCGUGAGGGAAUUCAAGCAAAAAGGCAGGAAUAACGAAGCGAAGGCACGCGACGUCGCAAGCAUCAAAGGUAAGCUUGGAUCGUGCGCACUCAUCCACCCCAGAGGUCCCCUGGACGAGCUUAGUCGUGUGCUGGUGCAGUCGGGAGCGCCGAAACAGUGGGCGAAGCUGAACAAGCAGUUCAACCCACAGGUGACAAUCAACGAGUCGGUGUUCGACGACUUGGACCUCUGGGAAGAUUUGCUGCAAGAGGACCACGCGAGGCAGAUGUUCUACAACGGAGAACAAACGUUUAUUUGGUCACGCGAAGUGCUCGCCUUUGGGAAAGCCUUUUUUGCAUCCUUAAGUAGCAGCAUGUUCAUAGGCGUUUACAUGGACGCAGCAAAAGGAGACAUCGAGGAUUGCGACCAAAGACGCAACAGAGGCUGGGGCGGCACAGUGUCAGACCAGUACUUUGCGGGCGACUUCGAUGACAGCGUUCCAGGUACAUUUGUCUGUAGUCAAAAACUACAAAAAAUAUGAUCUUUCUCCUUUUCGCCCGAAUUGAUGUGUUUAGCAACCCAUAUUCUGGCUACCCUGUUUUCCAUUUGCCCCUACGUGCAGAGCCGCGUCGGUGGUAUGGGGGACGCCCCUUUCGCCUAGUAUGGUCGCCACUCACUACCAGCAAGUUCGGGGUAGCUACCCGUCCGUCUGGCCUACUCUCCCCUGGACUAGGUCCACCACGCGCACGCCCAAUUUUUUCUCGAUAACGCAAUCAAAGUAUGCACUCUUCGCUACCACAGAGUCCGCCAGCAUCAACGAAUUGGAGUCCUUGGCAGUACUUCAUGUGUUGGAGGCCGCGCGAGAGAAGCUAGGGGAAGCCUUUUUUCACAAGAAAGUGGUGUUGAUCAAGACAGACAACCCCACCGCGAAGCGCACGACGAACAAAGGUUCCACGUCAACAACGAUCUUGAAGAAAGUCACGCGCGACCUCACCGCUUUCGCUACCGCCUCAGGCACAGAGAUAAUAGCAGGAAAAAUCGCCGGUGAGGAGAACAUCAUCGCGGACGCCUUGUCACGUCACGAAGCCCACUUGUUCGCGUUCAAAGACCCCUUCCCCAACAAAAUUCUGUGUAAGCGGUCAUGGAACAUGGUGAUGCGGCAUUUUCCAGGCCUCGAGGUCGAUUGUUUUGCAGAUCAGCACAACCACCGGUUCGCAGAAUACUACUGCGCGAACAAUCAUCCAUUUGAUAAUUUUGACCUGUUCUACGAGAAACGAUCGUGGUGGUUCCCACCAAUACAACUUGCAGUAGUAGCCGCCCGCUUCUUGUCGAAUUUCAUGAAAAUCCCGAUGGCACAGAGACCGCGCUUCGCACUGAUGUUGCCCAUGAUCAACCCCAUGUUCUACAGUCUUGCGGCGAACUUUACCGGAAUCUGCACCUACAAGAAGGGAGCAAAAGUGUUUUGCACAGCACAUAACCCGCUGGUCUUUGGAGCCGAGGAAGACUGGGUUUUGCUGUCGUCUGUGUCGUUGCACUUUUGGGGAAUAGAUAGAGAAAAAACAGAGAUAGGCUCACAAAUUACAAAAAUUCUACAAAAGCCUUACUUCCGCCAAUUUCCUGAGUUAGCCAGAAGUAGACUUAGAAUCAAGGACAUUUGUGACGCCAAAGAGCAUUACAUAGUACAUAUAACAUGCUGUGUCCCUUGCAAACCUAAAGGAUUAGCAGCGCAGUUAUUUGCGAGAUUUCCCCUGGCCAACCGCUACUCCGAACCAUACUCCGCAAAACCACUAGGACAAUGGGAGUUGAUAAGUCGAGUAGUAAACAUUUACGCGAUGGCAUGGCCAGGGGCGCCUACAUCCCCAGGAACGAGAAUUCCUCGUCCUACAGACGUUGUACCAGAAGAAGCCUUUACUGAAGACGAUUCAGCAGAAGCCCGACUGUAUAGAUUCAAAAACGCACUUUACGACUUCAUUUUAUCACGUAGCAAAUUCGACACUGUAGCAAUCCCUCUUAAAAUCGGCCAAGGCUCCUGUGCUGGUGCCACAAAAGACUAUUGCGCAGUCGUUGCGAAAGCUGUAGACGUUGCCUUUCGACAAGGAACAGAUGUUGCAAUUUAUGAGAAGCCGUACACACUUUGAUUGCCUUCACACAUUUUAUUCUGGGAUGCCUUGGAAUUAGCGCACAAACUACAGGUUUGUAGCCAGUGCUCCAUAUGUUCUACAUGCCUAGAGUACACAGGUCCUACCAAAAGAUCUAUUCCUCGUGGGAAAAUACGAUCUAAGAUCUCGUGUGUGUGUGACGGGUACUGAGCUUGUGCGGUCGCUCAGCAAAAUAACUUACGAACCUCUUCUCAACGACAACAAUUAUGAGAUCUGAGGUUUUCGUAAGGAAAUAGUUGAUCGUCAAUUGUGGGAGUUGUCUAUGGUAGUUCGUAAGUCGGGGCUGUGAGCAUCCGGUCACCACACUCACACUUUAUUUUGAAAACCCACCCACCCACACCAAACGUGUUGGCUCUGGGCUUGUGUUCGCCACACUCGGUCAGUUUUCGUAUACCAAAAACCAUAGAUAGCUCCCUCUCCCGAUUUGUAUAAAUCGUUCAAGCCACUACCCGUUUCACACGUGAGCGCACAAACUACAGGUUUGUAGCCAGUGCUCCAUAUGUUCUACAUGCCUAGAAUACACAGGUCCUACCAAAAGAUCUAUUCCUCGUGGGAAAAUACGAUCUAAGAUCUCGUGUGUGUGUGACGGGUACUGAGCUUGUGCGGUCGCUCAGCAAAAUAACUUACGAACCUCUUCUCUACGACAACAAUCCGCCCCCGUCCGAAAGCCAGGAUACGACGAGGACAAGCAGAAGUUUUUUCCCGACACCAUAAAGCCGAAUCGGAAAAAAGAAGCAACAAAGGAUCAUCAUUUUCAAACGUAGAUGAUGAACCACAGAGGACGGUAAGAGGAAGCAAUCCCGGGGUCGCUCAGCAAGAAGAUGUGAUGAGCAGGAGUCCACCAUCGUCUGCUACUCCUGUACAAGAACGACCGUUGGUGGUACCAACCCCGGGCUGCGUUGCUGACUAUCGUCCUGCAACUAGCUCUGGUUAUUUUCAGAGCUCACCACGAGCUUCGGGCACAAGAGCACUUUCCAAGAGCUGCACCAGCAACCAUCCAAGUGUAGCUUCCGCGUCCUCAUCCCCUAGAAGUCCAACUCGCGACCACGGAGAUGAUAUCGAUCUCAGUUUUCCGGGAGCAGAGACACGACCUGUCACAAAAGCGGAAACACUAGGAUUUCAACGGAGCAGCCCCCGAGUUCAUCGUGCAGACAGGGCGAGAUCAAUUCCUGCUGUGCCGUUGCCAAGAAGAAUAGAAGAAAUGUGCUUGCGUCCGGACACCAGCACGAGGAGAACAGCGCCAUUUUCAUUUUCAUUCCACUCCUUAAACCAAAAACCAACGACAAGCAAGAAGCCUUCGAGCUUGAAGAAAGGCUACUGUUUCCUCGCGGCGCUUCUGCAGUUCUUUUUUUCCACGACUUUUCUUCUCACAACCCCGGUUGCAGCCGAAGUCGGCCCAGCGAAGCCCCCGAUUCUGAUCUCGUCCGACAUCGGCAGAAUCGUUCUUCGCUUGGACCCACCGCGAGAAGCGACAAGUUGCGAGGUCGACAUGGACAAUGGGCAGGGCGGUGCGCUUUCAAAUUUAGUGCACGCCGGGAGUUGUUUAUGAAACACGGAAAUUUAUUUUUUAGCAUGGAGCUUCUGCUGUUGUCCCUGGGCAGCUGUUGGCCCUAUGGUGUUGUCCCUAAAUCUGAAAAAUGGAGAGCAGUGCCGGUAGAAGUACUGCAGCGGCACGUGUCUUUUGCAAAGAAGAGCGUACCUCUGCGUGCGCCUGCUCUCACUGUCACUUUGCACCAUGCGCUUUUUCUCUACUGCUGAAAGAACUUGAAAAAGGACGACGCGGCAGAUGAUCCGCAUGAAUUACAUUUCCCUUGCAUAUCUGUUGGACCAGAUAGAACUGAAUGGCUUAGCGGUGGACCGAAACUACCGGUUUACCAUGCGGGGAAAGGACGCGGUGGGGAACACGGGGCCGCUUUCCAACAUGGUUUCCUACGUGUCCGCUGGGGUGCCGGUGUACACGAUUGACCAGAGGCCCACGCUCACCAAAAUCGGGGCCGUGGACGUGCGAAUCGGGUGGCAGAUGCCGGACGAACGGGGGUCGCCCGUGUUGGGGUUUGUCGUCAUGGAAGACGUGAACAACGAGAAUAACUGGAAGGUUCUCUACAACGGCACCAGCAACCCGAACGUGUUUCAAACCGAGGUCCGGGGCCUGUUACCCGCCUCGAUCUACCGGUACCGCGUGUACGCACUGAACCGCGUGGGCACGAGCGGGAACUCGGAAAACACCAUUCAGCUGGCGCGGAUGAUGGCGGCCCCGGACUCCCUGGCGGAGUCCGUGCCCAGCACGGCGCAAUCCAACGCGGAAACCCUGGUACGGGUCCGCUCCGUGGACCCGCUGACCGGAAACGUCGAGACGCAAGGGGACCGGUUUUACAUCCUGUCCGUCCAGAACCCUUGCGAACUAGACGUGACCGGACAGAUCUGUGUGCCCGUGACCAGUGACCACCCGAAAUACAGAACCGAGGACCUGCUGGACACACCCGUAUGCUGCAUGCCUUCGAUAGACAGGACGGACGGAUCGUACUUACUUUUGGAUUCUUUUGUUUGUGUAUGUUUUUGGAAGUCAUGAUAUAACAUGGUGACGAUAGAUUGCACAUAAAAAAUGCAAAUGCUUGCUUGUGGUUGUGUAAGGACACGAUCACGAAGACGUUCUCGUGACCAAGCGAUAUGCUAGUAGAACUUCUGGAAAUUUUAGCCCAUUCAAAAAAAUCCAGCUACGAUAUCACCGUGACGCUGAUGCAGAAGGGGCUUUUUUCGCUCACCGUGCAAUCUUUGGAGCUGGGUGGUCUCCUCGGGCAGUACUGGGACAACCAGUGGUUCUACGGGCUGCCGAUCGAGACGCGCCAGGACGGCAAGGUCGACUUCCAGUGGGCCGGGAACGCGCUGGCGGGCUACGCCUCCGACUUCGUCUCUGUUCGAUGGACGGGUUACCUGGUCCCCGAGUACGACGAAACCUACACCUUUUACGUGGAGGCCGACGACUCCGCGCGGCUGUGGGUGGACAACGUGCAACUCUUUGACAAGUGGAGCGAGUCCUCGGCGGAGUUUUCCGGUUCCAUCGCGUUGCGCCGCAACACCUACGUGCCCAUCCGGCUGGAGUACAAGGAGGUCUCCGGCAACGCCACCGCUCGGUUUUCCUACGCCUCCUUCUCUACGCCGCGCCAGAUCGUGCCCGAAGACCGGCUACGUUCUGAAAACAAAAGUGAUUAGGUCGCCGGCUCGUAGAAGCAAGCAUUCUUGCAUGAUCUUCACAGAUUUGCAUUUGCUUUCUCACCCGAAUUCGAACCUGCUGCAUAAAAUGUUUCGGCGGGUCAAAAAAUUGUCGUGCAAAAAUUUGUAGUAGUGGUAGUGCGACAUCACACUACUUUUGCAAUGCAUAGAGGCUGUACAAGGCACUGUACAUCAACGGCGUUCCCACGGACAUCGACGUUUCCGUCGGGAUCGUCGACGCGCGCCGGUCCGAGGCCUACGGCACCUACCUGUCCGCGGUGAACUGUGGCGUCGAGCGGUUUUUUUACAUUCAGGCGAAGGAUCGGGCCGGAAACAACAUCAACACCAACACCGACAGUUUCGAGGUCGCGUUUGUCGGGCCCAUCGCGUCGGCGAACCUGGUGGUGAACAGCAAACCGGUGAACUCGGACGCGAAGGACGGUUUGUACAUCGUGUUUUUUCUGCUGCAGGUCCAGGGGGAGUACGAAGUCCGCAUCACGCUGGGCGGCGUCCCGUUGGACGGGUCGCCGUACAAGCUGAUCGCGGGCGCCGGGCGGGUGUCCGCGGCACAGACGGACGCGACCGGCUUGGGCACGACCCAGUUCAUCGCCGGCACGGAGCAGACCUUCGACGUCACGGUCAAGGACGCGAACCAGAAUGUGCUGGACGACGCCACCCUGGAAGUGACCGCGGCCCUGGAGUGGCUCACCUACGUGUCGGGCGCGCCGGGCGUGCAGCUGACGGACGACACCACGCUGCUGAACACGGAGUUUGGGACGCAGUUCUUCGGGCGCGCGAUCUACCAGGGCGCCGGCGUGUACCGCUUGACCUACAUCGCGUUGCGAGAAGGUUCGUACAAGAUGUACGUGAAGGUGGCGGGGGUGAACAUCAAGGGCUCCCCCUUCUCCCUCCGCGGCUACACGGCCGAAACCUACAGCCUCGUCCGCGCGCGCAACGAGGAGGUGCCCUACGCGCCCAAGUGCCGGACCGCGGCCAACUCGCCCCCCGCGAGCCACCAGGCGGGCACCGACCUGUCGGUGCUGGUGCAGCUCCGCGACGCGUUCGGGAACGCGUUGACGACCCCGAUCUUCACGCCCCCGACGGUCACGCUGCAGACCAUCCCCAUCACGGAGCAGGUGGACUCCCAGGUGUGCUCGAACUACAAGGGCUGCAACGACGGCACGAGCGACGUGUGCAACACGCUCCGCGGGGUGUACGAGUGCCUGAUCAAGCCGACCUUUGCGGGGAGCAACCGGUUCGUGUCCAUCAAAGUGAUGGACGUGGACGUGUCCCGCAUCGAUGUGGUGGGCAACAAAACCGUGAUCACGCAGGGUCCCUUCCCGAUCAACGUCCUGCCCGGCACGGUCAACGCGGGGAGCUCCACGCUGGUGGCGCUGCCGCAGAGCUACAUCGCGGGCACCGUGCAGCCGGUGUUGCUGCAGUGGAAGGACGUCUACAACAACGAACUGAUCGCGCCCCCGACACUGUCCAGCUUCACCGCAACCAUGGGCGGACAACCGGUCACCUACGUGAACAAUAACAACGGAACGUACUUUGUUUUAUAUGUGUGUCGGCAACAAAUCUGAUUUUUGGGACUUCCGUAUGGUUUGCAUCAGAAGUUCUACUACACUACCUAGUGCUUUCAACUCUUUCAUCAAGUAGUUCAACGUCAUGAGUGCACGACAAGUCAUUUAUUCGAAAGAACGCUCUAAAACGAAAUCUAUCUAAUACUCGCAUUCUUUGGCAAUAAAAAACUACUCCUCCUCGCCCCAGGUACACCCUGAUGGUGGGAUCCAACAAGGCUGCGUCCAACGUGACGCUCGAGGUUGUCGCGGACGGGAAACAGAUCUUCCAGUCCCCCGUCACUGGCCUCCUCGUCAAUGCCGGCCCGCCGCACGCCGAGGGGUCGCAGUGCUACGUGCCGGCGACCAUCGAAGCUGGGACUCCGACCAAGUUGCCCUGCGACGUGAACGACCGAUUUGGGAACCGGUUGACGACCCCGGGGUUGUUUGUCCUUGGCGAGGCCCGGUUUAUGCAGCCCCCGUUUUACACCAUGGAGAACCAGGCGGCUUUCAACCAGGUCAGCAAGCAGUACGACGUGUUGCUGACCCUGCAAGCGCAGGGCACGUACUCCCUGGUCACCCGCCUGCAGGCGCCAGGGGGUCUGCUCGCGUUCUACUACCGCGCGCCGGGUUUCGAGAGCCUGAUCGCGCUGGCCUCCGACACCAAUCACAAGGGCGACGCAGUCACGGAGUACACCCAGGUGGACAAGCAGGUGAACUUUGUGUGGCCGGGCGAGCCGGUGGAAAAUUCCCCGGAAGAUUACUUCUCGGUGAAAUGGACGGGGAUGCUGCUGCCGAUUGCGACCGGCACGCACGUCAUCCGAAUCGAGGCGGACUACGCUUGCGCGGUCAUGAUCGACGGCAAGAUGGUGAUCAACCGUUGGACCUCCACGUCCGCGGUGUCCGAGCGCGCGCAGGUGUUCCUGACGCAGAACGCCCCGGUGCCCAUCGAGGUGCACUACCGGCACCAGGCGGGCACGGCGUACAUCCGGCUGUACUGGUCCUCCACCGGUUUCCAGGACCAGCUGAUCCCGGACUACUGCUUCCUCUACCCGCUGAACAUCCUACCGAAGGACACCACGACGCUGUGCAUCCCGGCGGAGGCGUCGUCCGUCUCGUUGGUUUGUAUGCCGCGGGAGGGCGUGCCCUCGUUGACGGACGACGGCUUGUGCUCGAUUGACGUGACCAGCGCGCAGGCGGGGACGCAGAACACGUACUACCUGCACACGAAGGACGCGUUCGGGAAUUUAAGGUCGUCCGCCUCGCAACUCCCCCUGUCCGGGUACAUCGACACGUCCCCACCCACCCCCCUGACCUUUUACCACCACGCCACGGUCUUCGGCGUGUACGAGGUGGUGUUUUCGCCCUUACAGUCUGGCUCGGGGAAGCGGCUGUAUGUGACGAUCAACAAUAAUAACUUGCAGCAAAUCACCUACGUGAACAUCUUCCCCGGCGAGCCGAGUCCGACGAACUCCUUGCUGGAGGGCGACGGGUUGAACGGCGCGCAAGCGGGGUCCAUGGGCCGGUUCAACGUGACGCUCCGCGACAGCAAUAACAACCCGACGCAGAUUUCCGAGGGGCAGGAUGUCGGCACGUCCCGUCCGGAGAUUCUGUGCUACGACAUGGGGCUGGGUGUUUUUGAAUGCCGGUACGAGUUUUUCAUCGCGCGCACCUACGAAGUCCAGGUGUACGUGAACGGGAUGUCGGUGAACGCGAAGCCGCCGGGCAUUUACCCCAUCAUCAUCACGCCGAAGAAUGUGGACCCGACGUCCAGACGGGUGUACUCCUUUUCCCACACCACCUUCUUCCAACGGAUCCAGCGCGACAAGUCCUACCGGGUCACGUUCGCCGCAAAGGACGAGUUUAACAACAAGGCGAACCAGGACGACACGAUCCAGAUGGUGUGUGAGGCCGCGGGCCGGCGGUCGGUGAACACGAUUAUCAACUCGGAAAUCAUCCCCUUCGAGGUGAAGCAGCUCGAGGGCUGGCCGGGCGAGUUCGAGAUGAACUUCAAAAUCGACUCGACGCACGUGACGGGCGAUUACCAGGCGGACUGCUUCGUGCUAAAGCAGGGCGGGAUCAACGGGAGGUACUUCAACAAUCUGUGGAUGCAGGGCAACGCGUCUGCGCUGACAGUAGACUCGCAAGUGAACUUCAACUGGGGAACCGGGCUCGUUUCCGGCGAGGCGGCGGACAUGGUGUCAGCCAACUUCGACGGGUACAUGUCGGUGCCGACGGUUGGUUUCUACACGUUCUACCUCACCUUCGACAACUCCGCGAAGCUCUGGAUCGACGAGAAAUUGGUCGUGUCCAGCGACGACGCGGGCGUGAUCCAAGUGCAGCCGAUCUACAUGACCUUGGAGCGGCUCUACCACGUGCAGGUGAUGUUCCGCGAGGUGACGGGCGACGCGCGGCUGAUUUUGGAGUGGGAAAACCCGACGGGCGGGAUCCCGCGGCAGGCGGUCCCGGGCCAGAACUUCUUCCACAGCAAGCUCCGGAUCGGAAACUUUCCGAAACCGUUUCUGGUGUGGGACAAGCCGGGUCCGCCGGAGGCGUUCUACCGCGACAACCCGUACUGGAACACGGCGGAGUUGCGGUGGAUCCCGCCCUUGGAUUCCGGCGGCGUGAACAUCAUGGGCUACCGGAUUUUCCGGAACGGCGGCGGUGGAGACGACAACUUCAUGCUGAAAUGGUCCUCGGACGACCCCAGUGUUUACACCUGGACGGAAACGGGUCUGGACGCCACGACGUUGUACAAGUACCGGCUCGUGACCCGCAACGAGUUCACGGAGUCCGACCCCUACGAGAUCACCAUCCAGCCCGCCAUUCUGCCCACCCGUCCGGUCGCGCCGCAGCUGACCGGCGCGGAGACCAUUUCCGGGUCGUUGGUUCUCAGGCUUGAUCCGCCGGUCGGCUACGACAACACGGGCCGCUCGAAGAUUCUGUUCUACGAGCUGCGCCGGAACGACGGGCUGGGCGGCACCGCGGACAUCAUCAUGCAGGGAAACGUCGACCACGAUGCGUUCAAGGACGUCGGGCUGGACGCGCUGCCGAAGACCGUUACGCUCUACGGGUUGAUCGUCGGCCGCACCUACGUGUUUCAGGUCAAGUACGCAACCGUGGUCGGCUGGUCGCCGUUCUCGUUGGAGAUGCAGGCCCGGUGCUGCGAGUUCAUUCCGCCGCAGGAAGCGCCGCAGAACUUACGGCGGCACCCCACCCUGUGGCAGACGGACAACGACAUUUCCAUCGAGUGGGACCCGGUCACGGACAUUGGGUCCACUUCCUUGACGGCCUACCGGGUCUACCAGGACGACGGCACGGUGGAGACCACCUGGGACACGCCCAGCGGUGACCAGACGUACCUGUGGCGUUCCGGGUUGAUCGCCGGCCGGGUCUACCGGUUCGCGGUGUCCGCGGUCAACGCGGCCGGCGCCGGCCCCCGGUCGGAGCGGGUCACCUUGAUCGCCUCCGACCGCCCCGGACCGCCGCUCUGGUACCCGGGGACCGAAUCGAUUUUGUCGCAAUCGCCCACGACCAUCCACGUGAAGUGGCGGGCGCCGACAUACACCGGGAUUGCGGGCAUCAGCGGGUACAAGGUGCUUGUCGACGACGGGGCCGGCGGGCCGAUCACGAACCUGGUGUACGACGGGUCCAAGCAGUCCUCGGUUCUCGAAUACGCGUAUUCCCCCAAGAACGCCGACGGCUCGACCGCGUUGGUCCGCGGGGCGACGUACCGUUUCAAAGUCGUCGCCGUGAACCCGACGGGGGAUGGCGGGAUGACGAUUACGAGUUUGGACGUCUUAGCCGCGUCGAAACCGGGGAGGCCGGGCCGGCCCUACGCCGACCCGUACCAGACCUCGAUCAAGCAGAUCUAUUUGCUCUGGACCGCGCCGGACGACAAUGGGUCGCCCAUCAUCGAUAUGGAAUGCGAAAGCAUCGUGCUUGCUUCUCGGACGAGUGCCUGCAUGUUGACAAAUCUUGAUAAAGUGGACAAAUCUUCAGUACACGCUCACACUGGUUUAUACCAGAGGAGCCAAAGAUUUGUCUUGCACGAUUGCACUUUCUUACUACGAGCAUUGCACUUACUACGAGCAGUAAGUACGAAACUUCUUUCAAUGCAUACUCGACUACGUGAUCGAGCGGUCGGCGAACCAGGGGCAGACGUGGACGGACUUGACCGCAGCGGUCACCGGUUACACCAACACCUUCUGGCUGGACGACGCGGCGAUCACUGCGCAGAAGAGCUACCAGUACCGCAUCUACGCGAUCAACGAGGUUCAGACCCCGGUUGGCGUCGUGUACUACUCGCCGGAGUCCACCUUGGUUGCGGCGGCGGUGCCGGACACGCCCCGAGUCUGUACCAGUUCCGCGAUUCUCCCCGCGGGGUGCGCGGCCGGCGGGUGUAGCUGCGAACUGGCCGCGGUGGCCUCGACGGAGACCACCAUCACGGUGGCGUGGGCGGCCCCACCCAGUACCAUUCCGGUGACCGGUUUUUUGCUGUACGCGAACGGGGCGUUGCUGUACGACGGAACGGGGAACGUGGGGCAGCUGGUGUACACCCUAGCGGGCGGGCAAACCGGCAUGAUCUACGAUUUCCAAUUGGAAGCGAUCUCCGACGCCGGGGUGUCGUUGAGAUCGUCCCAACUGUCGCGCGUGUGCGCCAGACGGCCGUACGCGCCCGAUCCGCCAACUUUGUACUCCGCAACGAGGUCGGUGAUCACCUUGCAGUGGAAGCCCCCGACCAACAAUGGCGGCACGCCGGUCACCGGGUAUGUGGUGCAGCGGUCGCGGGUCGACGCGAACGAGUUCGGCACGGUGGACUGCAUCUACGGGUCGGGGAGCUACAUUUCCACCCUGCCCCCCGACAUGCACACCUGCGCGGACGACACGAUCGCGAACGAGGUGAAGUGCCCGAACAGACUCUGUAAGUACCGGGUGCUGGCUUUGAACGGCGUGGAUGACUUGAAUCUCUCCGACGUCUCCGGGUUCACGAUCUUCAAGGGCGCCGACCCGCCGAACCCGCCCCCCCUGUCCGCGAUCCAGCGGGAAGACCCGACCGAGGCGACGAGCAUCAAGAUCUUCUGGGGCGCGGUGAUUUCGGACAUCGAGAACGGGGGCGACGCGGUCACCGGCUACCGGCUGUACGCGAACACCGGCGUGGACGACGUGCCGCAACUGAUCUUCGACGGGCUGGGCGCGCCGUCGAAAAGGGAGUUCCUCCACGCGGGUUUGACCCCCGGGCUGCGCUACCGCUACCAGGUCUCCGCCAUCAACCGCGCGGGGGAGGGCAGCCGCAGCUCGGUCGCGAAGUUCCUCGCGGCGGUGAACCCCAUGGCGCCGUCGAAGCCGAAGUUGCUCCAGUCGACCGCAGCGUCGGUGACGAUUUCCUGGGACCCGCCGCCGAGUUUGGGCGGGAGUUUCAUCACGAAGUACACGGUGUGGUACAACGACGGCGAGGACGGCUCGCCGCUGUCCAACAAGAUCGAGAUCUGUAACGGGGCGAAAACCGACUACACAAUUGACGGUUUGACGAAGAAGAACGCCUUGUACCAGUUCCAAGUCCAGGCCCACGCCGCCUGCCCGGGUGACGGGCUGAUGCCGCCGGUGUGCGGUGGCCAAGGGUACGACACCACGGUGUGUGCGGGAACCAGCUACCUCUGUCCGCCCUCCACGGACUACUGCACGCUGCCGAGUCCGAAGGGCCACAUUUCCCGGUUCUACACCGCGCAGUCCCCGGCCCCCGUGACAAACUUGCAGAUCCAGGCGAACUCGUUCACGAAGACCUCGGUGAUCGUCCGGUGGUCCGUCACGGAUACGGUGCUGGACAAAAUCCCGAUUACCGGCUUCAAGAUGUACCGCGACGACGGGCUCGGCGGGGACUACAUCCACGUGGACAGUCUGCCCACGUCCAGUUCCCUCGGGGCGUUCUCGGACAAGGUGUCCGUGACCGACUUGGGCAACCAGUACGAGUUCUCGAACCUGGUCACCGGCCGGUCGUACCACUUCUACCUGGACAUUUGCAACGGCGUCGGGUGCACGCCGUCAAAUGUUUUGGGCCCGGUGCCGAUCGCGAGUGUGCCGGGCAAGCCCCCGGCGCCGACGUUGCGGUCCUCGUCCGCGUCGCCGAUCCCGAAAAUCGAGUUCAAUCUGUUCUACCCGGUGGACAACGGUGGCGCGGCCAUCACCGGGUUGCAGCUGUACAAGGACGACGGGCAGAACGGGUUGCUGUCGCCCUGGCUCUCCGUCGACCCCAGUGUGUCCGUUUACACGGACACGAACGUGGUCGCGGGCAGGACGUACCGGUACAAGGUAGUUGCGUUGAACCCGGUCGGGGAAUCCGUUGGGUCCGUUGUAGCUUCGUUUCUAGUCGCGGGGAGGCCGACCCGGCCCUUGGCGCCGACUUUGGUUUCCCAGUCCAGGGACUCCAUCACCGUGAAGUGGCUCGCGCCGCCGGACAACGGAGGCAGUGACAUUACCUCCUUUACUUUGUACCGCAACGGCGGUAUUGGCGAUCCGGUCACGCCGGUGUUCAAAGGCGCGGCGCUGGAGUACAUCUCGAUGAACCUUUUGACCUUCAAAAAUUACCGGUUCCAGGUCUCCGCGACCAAUCAGGUCGGGGAAUCGGAUCUUUCCGAAGCGGCGGAUUUUUUGACGAUCCAGCAACCGGGGCAGGUCGGGACGCCGGUCCUCGUCGACUCGCUGUGCGGGACCACGGCCGGCACGGCACAGGUUCGAUUCCGCUGGACCGCGCCGCGGGACACCGGCGGGUGCGCCAUGGAGAAGUACGAAAUUCUGAUGGACGGAGCCCUCGCACCGGCGAACGGGCCAACGGAAGUCGACGCCACGGUCACCUCCGCUUCGUUCACGGGUCUCACCUGUGCGUCCCGACCCAAGUUCACCGUGAAGGGGAAGAAUUGCCUCGGCGUCUACUCCGGGGAGUCCGCCGCGCUCUUCGUCCCGAUUGCGUCUCUGCCGUCGAAAGUUUUGAACUUGGAAGGCGCGCCGGUCGACGCGAGCAGCAUUCGGUACACGUGGGACAAACUGGUCGGGGAGAUCAACGUCGGCAGCAAAGAUCCGAACGCGAUUCUCGGGUACGAGUUGUGGAUGGACGAUGGUCUCGGUGGUAGCUUUUCCCGGGUCUACGACGGAUUCUACAAGCCGCACACCACGGAGUACACGGCGGUCAAACUCGUUUCGCGGCGGAUCUACCGCGCGUACGUGCUCGGGGUGUCCGCGGCCGGACAAGGGCCGCCUUCCGACAUCGUGUACGCGAUCAUGUCCGUCGAACCCUCGGAGCCGAGAAAUGUCGACGUCAGUGCGGCGUUAGUGCGGGUGUCCGCGAACAGCACCGCGACGGUGGUCUCGGCGGACACCGUGCAGGUGUCCUACGACCCGCCCCUUGCGGAUGGUGGUGAGCCGAUCACGAACUACAUCGUUCAGUACGCGAUCGAACCCACUUUCAGCAACUGGACCACCGUGCAGCCGAACCCGGAUAACACGCAGCUGGCCGUGGAAAUCGCGCAACUCCAACCGAGCAAGAUUUACCAGUUCCGCGUGGCGGCCCAGAACAACGCCGGGAUUUCGCCGUAUUCGAAUGUGAAGGCCCACAUUGUCGGCACGCCGCCCACGCAGGCGCCGCAAGCUUUGUCGAUCUCCGCGUCGACAAUUUCCUCGCUCACGUGGAACUGGCAGCCGCUGGACGUGAACUUCCAGGGUGGUGCGGCGUUAAACGGGUACCGGCUCUACAUGGACAACGGGCUGAACGACCCGUCGUUGCAUCUGGUGUAUGACGGUGUUGGUGCGCCCUCGGUGACGCAGUUCACGCAAUCUGGCCUCACCUGCGGUCGCUCGUACCGAGCGCAGGUUUCCGCUCUCAACUCGAUCGGCGAGGGGCCUUUAUCCGACGUUGCGACCGCGAAUUUAGCGAUCACGCCCACCCAGCCGGCGAACGCGCGGGUGGUGUCGUCCACCGCCUCGCAGGUGGAUUUGGCCUGGGACAUCCCCUUCGAAACCGGCUGUGCCAUGAUGGAGGGGUAUCGGAUCGAGAGGGACGAGGGCAAUGGCUUCAUUUUCCUUUCCGACACGAAUGCGUCCACCCAGGCGUUUUCGGACUCGACCAAUCUCACCACCGGCGGCAUGUACAUCUACCGCGUGUCCGCGCGCAACGUCGCUAGAUCGCAGUACGGGCUGUACUCCGACUACAUCACGGCCUACGCAGCGACCAUUCCGGGGUUGCCCACCAAUCUCGGGUUCGCCGGCGCCACGACACGGACCUCCGUUUCGGUCAAGUGGGAGCCGCCGACUUUGGACUCUGGCACCCCGGUCCGGCGGUACAAGGUGCAGAUUGACGACGGUCUCGGGGGGGAUUUCUUCGUGGCGACCGAAACGACAGCGACGUUCGCGACCAUUCGUGGUUUGACGGCGGGCCGGGCGUACCGGGUCCGAGUCGCGGCGGAGAACGACGUGGGGAUCGGGUACUACACUAGCCCGAUCUCCCAAGUCGCCGCGCAACUGCCCGGCGCGAUGGACGUGCCGCAGGUGCAAUCUACCGGCGUGGCUGGGGAAUUUCAGGUGUCCUUCCUCCCCCCGACGGACUACGGUGGGGUUGCAAUUCUCGGUUACAAGGUGUACUACGACCAGAACUGCGAACAGUACGACGGUUCGACCGAUCCGUCCACCACGUCGGUUGUCACCUUAUGCGAAGUCGGCAGGACGUACUCCAUCACCGUGCAGGCCAAGAAUGCCCUCGGGUGGGGUCCGCACAGCAACCCGGCGGUGCGCGUGUGCUCGAUUGAGCCCGCCGCGCCGACCAGCAUCGCGUUCCUGAAGUCCACCCCGAUGUCGCCUUUGGAGAUGGUGGACACCAGAACACCAUCUUCCAUGAUUCUGUCUUGGGAGGAACCGCUGGUGACCGGCGGUAGUCCAAUUUCCGUGUACAACCUGUACCGGGACAACGGCGCGGCGUCCGGGGUGUACUCCUUGGUGUACCAGGGCAACAAGCGGGAGUACGACGAUAGAGGCUUGAUUAACGGCAGGAACUACCGGUACUACGUGUCCGCGAUCAACGGUGUCGGGGAGUCCCCUCGGUCCCCGAUCUUCACGGCGGAGAUGCGGUGCGCACCGAGGAGCAUCUUCACGGCCCCAGUAAGGAAGUCCGCGACGGAAUACAGCGUCACGCUGCGCUGGUCGGAGGUGGUAUCUGAUUGCGGGGCGAUGGUGACAUCCUACCGGGUGUACCGGGAUGGGCAUUUGAUCUACCCGAUUUCCAACUACUUCACGCAAGCGCCGGUCGCGCACGCCUGGUCGGGCUCCCAACAUUCCGUUGUGGUGGAGUUCCGCGCGAAUGUGGACGGGAAAGCGUGGAUCAACGUGUUGCUCCCGAACCACGUGCUGACCGCGACGACCGAGUCCGUGAAGAAGGGAAGUGUCGCUUUGGGUGCCAAAUCCUGUAAGUACGUGGGAGACAGCCCGUUGACGAUCUCUGCCGGCGUGAACAUGGUAACGUUGAGCAAUUGUAACUUACCGGUGUACUCCACCUCCCCUCUAAUCUCCUACUUCGCGGCCAUCGUGUACAUUGAGUCCAGCACCGGCUUGGAGUCCGACGGCACCCUCGCGCCAGCCUCGCAGUUCCCGGUGGAGCGGCCUAGUAACUCGUUUCUGGUUUAUCCGACGAUUUCGGCCAUUUCGAAGGACGGGUUAACCUUGUCCUACACCACCGCCGCCGCCUCGGGGAAGGUCUGGGCGUCGAUCGUGUCCGAAGCGAACAAGGAUUUGGUCACGGUGGAGAACUUGAAAGCGUCCACCCUCUCGCAGGGUGACAGUACGAACUGCACGGUUUCCGCGGUGUUCGUCGCGGGGAAUAAACCAACAACCAACACUCUCACACUCUGCGCGAUGCUCGGCGACACGACGUACUACGCGUAUGUGUAUGCGGAAAACCAGGGCUCGGGGAUCAAUAAGGGGACUUUAACCGAAGCAAUCGCCUUCAAGGUGGAGCCGUCCAACAGCUUCGCGGUCAUUCCAGCGCUCCGCGAAACCGUGAUGGGCAAGCAGCCGGAGGUGAGCAAUUUGGUUGUCGGGUUCACAGCGACUGUUCCCGGUACGGCUUACGUUCUCGUUUACGAUUAUGCUUUCGCGAAGACCAUCACCAAGCCGAUGGCGAAGGCCGCGACCGACACGGUUUGCACCGGCACAGCAACCAUCGGGGCCGGCGCAGAUCUGGUGGUCGGGAACGCGACCGCGACGAACUGUCUCUUCACGGCGAAUGAGAACUACAAGUUGUAUGUCUACAUCGAGGAUGUGAAGGGCGAAACGGAUGGCACCGUAUCCCCCCUGUCCUUAGUCGUCGCAGCUUCGCCUUCCACCACGAAUUAUUUCUCGGUUUUACCGUACGUCGCGAACAUGGCGACCGACGUGUCUAUCCAAACGAUUACGGUGAAAGUCACGACCUUUGCGAACGGGAAGGCGUGGGCGGGCUUGGCGGAGGAGAUUCUCGGGUCCUGCAUCAACAUCCGCUCUCUGCGCGACGCGGGGGUACAGCAGGUCGGUGCGGUGAACCAGUUGGUCUGCUGGAAGCAGAUGUUCGACAUUCCGGGUGGCGUGGAGUCCACGGUGUCCUUGACGAACUGCAACCUCCGCGGGUCCAGCUCCUACCGCUUCUUCAUGUACAUUGAGGAUCUGAAUUUCGUCGCGGACGUGUACACGGGCGUGUUAUCGCGACCCGGUCUGCCCAUCACCGUCCCCGCGAGCAACGGCUUCUUGCAGCCUCCACAACUCACCGCGGGCGGGGUUUCGCCGGACGGCGUGGCCUACGGGUUCAACACGACGGCCGAUGGGUUUGUGUGGGCCAUGAUCGUGCAGCAGGAGAACGCGGACGUCAUCGACAUCGCCGCGGUUAAAGCGGGGAUCUUCGCCAUGGGGGCCACCAGCUGUCGGGCGAUCGGCGCUUCGGCCAACGCGACGGACUCGCCGAUCACGGUGACCCUGACCGGCUGCGCGCUGAACCGCCAGAAGCUGUACUCGACGUUUUUGUAUGUCGAAGAUUCCCGCGGAUUGAACGACGGCGAGAUCGUCGGGCCGCUUUCCCUCACGAUGGAAGACUACAGCAACAACUUCCAGCCGGGGGCUUACGGGGCGUAUCUAGUGGGCGACCCGUCCGCCGACACUGUUCGAGUAGCUUUCACGACCAAUGGCACCGACAUGGUGAGUGGCGGCAGAGUUUGGGUGGCGGUGUACCCCGCGACCGCCAAUAAAGUGGGCCCCGCGGAGCUGAAGACCAACUUGCCGAGCAUGGGUGUGAACAGCACGGCGUGCAGAGCGGAAAACCUGCCCGUGACGAACGGGCAGGAGACUUUUGUCACUUUGACCGAUUGCGCGCUCUCUUUGGGAACGGUGUACGUGACCUACGUCUAUGCGGAGGACAUUCAUGGCCGGAACGACGGGUUCAUGAAGGCGCUGGAAACUGUUAUCCCGGUUGGCUUGUCGAACAGCUUCACCGAUUUCCCGACCUACGAGAACAAAACCCUGGACGGAUUGGUGUUCUCCUUCCAAGCCGCGGCUAUGAAGGGCAGUUUGUUUGCGAAACUCGUGUCCACCACCGCUGUGGGGACGGUCGGCUACACGAUCGCGAAGGCGAGGACCGCAGUGGAUGCGCUUGGUGGCAGUUUAUCUACCGCGAACAACACCUGCAUGGUGUUGGGCCAGGCUAUCAGCAACAACGUCGAGCAGGUCACGUUCACGGGCUGCAACCUCGCGUCUGGUUCCUAUUUCAGCCUCAUUGCCUACGUCGCGGACGCAGACGGGCAUUCCGACGGGACGCUGUAUGUCUCGCAGCCGAUCGAAGCACCACCGUCGAACGGGUUUACAGAGGGGUACCCGAGCUUCCACGCGAUCACGCCAAUGGGUUUAACGGUCCGCGUCCAGGCCCUGUAUGAGGGAAGGAUCUCGAUGCUUCUGGUGACGAAAGCGGCGUACGAUCGGAAUCCGGUGCUGAUCACGAAAAAGAACAUCGCGCUCGGCUCCUACUCGCUUGGUGGAAACGGAUGCAGGAAGUCCCGCUUGGUGAUUGACAACAACGUCCAGAACAUCCCCUUAGCCGGUUGCGGGUUGAAGCACGGCGAACAGUACAAAGUCAUCCUCUACGUGGAGGACUUGACCGACCCGGACGGGGGCCAACUGCUCGCGGUUGACUUCAAGGUCCCGGGCAGCAACGUGUUCGAAAUCGCGCCGUUCUUGAUGGGCACGCCGGUGCCGAGCCUGAUCAACAUCCAGACGCAGCCGCAGUUGAACGGGCUCGGUUGGGCAGCGAUUUUUACACAGAAGGAGGCGGAAUCUGUGUCGAUCUCGAAAGUGAAGGGCGGUUUGGGUAGCAUUUGCUUCAUGGGGAAUCAGCCGUUGACCGGCAUGACGAACUUCACCUUCGCGUUCACAAACUGCAACGCCUUGCAGAGAGACGUGACCUACAAGGCGUACGUCUACGUCGCGGAUACGAACGGACGCUUAGACGGCAGCAUGAGCGCCGCGAUUGACAUCAUUUCCGCUUCGAAUCAGCAGUUUGACUUGCGGUCUCCGCCGCAUAUUGUACCGACCAGCAUCUCCAGAACUGGUGGGACUGCGAAGAUCGUGGCGAAGCUGGACAUCGAAUCCUACUACUACGUGAUGAUCGUCGACCCGGCUUUUUCCGACCAAGUUUCUGUUGCAUCGGUGAAAGCGGGCUCCGGCGGGAAUUGCGCGAGUGGUGUGCAGCACAUCAACGCGGCCCCAUAUACCGCGGAGCAGUCCGUCGUGAUGUCCAGUUGCGGCCUGCAGUACGGGAAGACGUACAAGUUAUUCGCCUACAUAGAAGACUCAAGUGCAAACAACGGCGGAACGCUUUUCGGGCCGGCUGAUGUCGAGAUGGGGCCGUCAGACUCCUUCCAGAUCCGGCCCUACAUCUACUCGACGCCGACCACCGCGGGUUUGACCGUGAAGAUGCAGUCGACGAAAACGAGCGGGAAGCUGUGGGGCGUUUUGACGACCAAGGCAAACGCGGCGGUGACAACCACCGCGCACAUCGUCCGGGGGUUCACCACUGCUUACAACAACCAGGCGAACUGCAGAGUAAGCAACGUCGCGAUUGCCUCCUCGUCGUUGAAAACAACCUCGUUCAGCUCUUGCAACUUGGCCGUGAACCAAACGUACGUGGUGACCUUUUACGUGGAAGACACGCAGAACAUGUACGACGGGCAGCUUGACACGGUGGAGUUCUACCUGGCGGAUCCGACGCCGUCGAAUACCUUUACGAAAUACCCCGAAGCGACGGGGACCCCUACCGCAGCUUCUGUGACGAUCUCCUUCCAGGCGACGGCUGCGGGCUUGGCCUACUACACGAUUGUGCGGAACACGGACACGAGCAGUUUCGACAUUGGCGCGAUGAAAUUGUUGAACUCACCGUUGAUCCCCGGUUUAACCAAUGACUACGACCAGUGCAGAGGGAAUUCGACGAUUGGCUCUGGUGUGACCAGUAAGACGCUAACCAACUGCGUCUUGGCGGCGGGGACGGAGUACCGGAUUCUCGUGUACGUGGAAUCUGCAGCCGGGAAUUCCGAUGGCGAACUUUCGUCCAACGGCGGCAAGUUGCUGAAGCUCGCGUUCUCGGGCACCGUGUACCAAGCGCCGGUUCAGCUGAACGCGACGGGAGACGCGGUUGGGUUCUCUUUCACGCCCGGCAUUUCGGGGAAGGCCUGGGCGAGAGUCUUUCCAACCGGGUACGAUGCGACGGUGGCGGAGUUCAAAACCUCCACCGUCGCUGGAUCCCAGGCAAGGGGCGAUUUCACAACUUGCGGGCUGCAAUCCCUGUCCGUUACCGCGAUGGAAGUCACCGAGGUGUAUCUGUCCUCUGGUUGCGAAAUCCCGGCGGGAAACGGGACCCAUUCCGCCUUCGUCUACGUCGAGUCCAACGCCGGGGCGAACGAUGGGCAGGUCAGUUCUGGCGCAUUGACCGUCGCGUACAGUUCCAAACUCGUAAUUCCCCCCGUGAUGCACGGCACGCCCACCGCGUCAAACGUCUACGUGUCCGUGACGCCCACGGUCGCGGGCCGCGCCCGGGCGAUCGUCGUGGAGCCCACGGCGGUUGCGAACGUCACGGUGGAUGACUUCUUUGGCACGUAUUCCGGGGCGACGUCCGGGUACGCGCUGUGCCGCUCUGCGGAAUUAACGGCCGCGCUGGCGGAGGAGGCGAACAAGCUGGUGGUGUCGAACUGCUUGCUGUCGCACGAACGGACGUUCGCUCUGAUGGUGUACGUUUCCGAUGCGACGGGGUCGUACGAUGGGUACUUUCAGCAAUUAGUCGGUGGGUUCAACGUGACCGCUGGGACUUCCAACCUCUUCGACAAAUACCCAAAAAUCACCUCUGCCGUGGUCCCGAAUGGCUUCACGAUGACCUUCACGCCGCAGAAAUCCGGGGAGGCGUACUCCAUUGUCGUGGAGUCGGUCUUGGAGAAGAUGGUGACGCCGCAGUCAAUCAAAGAUCGGUCUUUACUGUCCCCAACGUCUGCCGUCAAGUGCUUCACCAACGCCGCGGCGAUCUCCGAACUCGUCCAGGAGACCUACAGCUAUUCUUCCUGCAGUUUGCAAGUGGGACACACGUAUAAGGGGUUUGUGUACAUCAUCGGGAACUACACGAGCGGGUUGGACGGAACCCUAUCCCCAGCGUUUGACAUCGAAAUUCCGCCCAGCAACACGUUGACAAGUUACCACUUACUCUCCCAGCCGACCAUCACCGACGUGUCUGUUGCGGUUCUGCCGGAGAAGACGGGGAAGUUGUGCGGCGCGAUUUUCCCGCUGACCGCGUUUUCCGCCGGGUCGACGCUCCUCCCCGUCCACACAAUCCACUCGGGCUACGGCUCGCACUGCUCGGUUUCCAGGACCUCGGUGACCGCGAACACGGAGUUCACCCUGGGGUUCUCCGGCGGCUGCAACAUGACCGCUGGGGUCACUGCGGCUCUGGUUCUGUAUGUCGAGGACGGCGCGAGCAACGACGACGGCACGCAGUACUACUUUGAGGUGACCCCCCCGGUUUCAAACAACUUCCUCGUUCCCCCCUACAACCCAGAAGGCACGAACGCGACCUCCGACGGGUUUUCCUGGAAGUUCGCGGCGGCGAGAACCGGUAAGUACUGGGCCAUGGUCACGAUCAAGCAGGCGGCAACCGAGCCGCUGCCGCAAGCAGCGGAGAUCAAGGCGUUGACAGGUGCGUUCGGCUCCUUUGGCUGCCGGAAAGUGAACGAGGCGCUACCGAGCUGGGGGAGCAGUACUACCGGGUUGAUUUCCCUGGAUUUCACCGGUUGCGCGUUCACAAAGGGGUUCGCCUACAACCUGCACGUGUACGUGGAGGACGCGAACGGGAACAAUGAUGGCACCGUCGCGCCGCCGGUGGAGCUCCACAUCCCACCAUCGAAUUCCUUCUCCGUCGACCCGUAUCUGUCUUCUACGGCGAUCGCAGAUGGUGUCACCGUCGAGUACCAGGCGGCGGAAACGGACGGGAAGGCGUGGGGCGCCCUGUUCCCGCUGGCCGCGUACAAGUUGGCGGGCAAUGACGUCGACAACAACUUCAACGUGACCGUUGCCUACCUGAAAUCCGGCGCCUACGCCGCUGGCGGGGAGGGGUGCAACAAAACCGCACUUGCCAUCGGGAACACGCGGCAGUCCUGGUCGUUCUCAGGUUGCGGUCUCGCGCCGCAAACCGACUACAAACUCCUGAUCUACGUGGAGGACACUGCUGAAGCGUCGGACGGAACGUUAUAUGGGAUGACGAUCAACAUCGGCUCCGGCGCGCGGUCGAACUACUUCGUCGCCUCGCCUUCGAUCUCCGCGAUUACGAAAGACGGAAUCAAAUUUCGGUUCUCCACCGUCGCGCCAACGGGGUACAUGUGGACCGCGGUGAUCGCGGAGCAGCAGUCGUCCCAGGUCAAAACGUUCUUGGACGUGAAAGCCGGGAAGUUCAGCCAGGGCGGCAACAGCUGUAAGCAAUCCGGGGUGGUGGUCACGAACGUGUCUCCCUACACCGUGACGUAUUCGGACUGUAGACUGGCGGAGGGGACGAACUACAGGCUCUUCGCCUACGUCGAGGACGCGUCGGAGCAGAACGACGGCGCCGUUUCAGUCACGAACUUCUACGUCGAGAAAGUCGCCAUGCCAAUUGCGGGCGAUCCGCUUACCCGGGAGUUCACGGACACAAAUGACGGCGCUGGUUUCGGCCAACUUCUACCAGGUACCGCGCACUACUACCACGUGCGGGCGGUGAACAAGAUCGGCGUCGGCGUGAAGUCCGCAAAGUCGAAUCUGGUCUACGUGGCGGACCGUCCGGCGACGCCGCAACCGCCGCUGGCCUUGCACAAGUCGUCGUCGUCGGUUUCCCUGUCGUGGCUGUCCCCGUACAGCUCGAAUUUGCCCGUGACGAGCUUCAACCUGUACAUGAACGCCGGGGACGGGAAGGAUGUGUACACGGAAAUUUACCGCGGGUUGUCUUCCUCCUACGCGAAAACCUCGCUCACGACGUCUGGGAAGUACAAGUUCCGCGUCGCGGCGACCAACGCGGUCGGCACUUCUGAUCUGUCCGACGCGGUCGAAGUCACCCUGUGCGCGAUCCCGACCGUGCCGACCAACUUGAAGAUCGUGUAUCGGUCUUCUGUGUUGAUUCAGAUCAAGUGGGAACCACCGUUAGUGGUCGGCGGCUGCCCGGUGGAAGCGUAUAUCGCGAGACGAGAUGGUAUUCUGCAAGCGGAACAACAAACGACCGAGUACUUCAUCGACCCCGCGGCGCCCGGGUCGGUGUACAAGUUUGCGGUGCAGGUCAGAACGGCUGGCGGCAGGUCCGCUUUCACCCAGGAAGUCGCGAUUGUCGCCGCGGAAGCACCGGCGAAGAUGACGACGCCGGUGAUCGUGUCGGCGGAUCAGUUCCACGUGAAAUUGGACUGGAACGCGUUGGCAGCAACUUCCGACGGCGGUUCGCCGGUUUUGUUCUACCGGGUGUUCCGGAACAACGGUUUAGGCGGGUCGAUCUACGUUCCGUUCAACGACACGGCGAACGGAUCCGGCGCGACGGAACUGACCCUCUACACCAACGCCGGCUUAUCCGACUACUUGGUCGCGGGCCGGCAGUACUGCUUCACGGUAGCGGCGAUGAACUUGGUCUCGUGGACCAACGCGUUGAACGACCAACUGCCCCGGCAGUCCGACCCGGUCUGCGCGUACACCGCGGGCGCGCCCGACGCCCCGGGCACGAUCUUCUUCCACCGAGUGACGAAGGGGCAACUCACAGCCUACUGGCCGGCGACGGUGGAUGACAAGGGCGCGAGUGUCGAUUUUUACGAAUUGUGGAUGAAAACGGCCGCGACCGGACCGGACUACGCCAUUGUCGCCACGAACGCCGCGGCGGACUUGGACCACGUGAUCGAGAACUGCGAGCUGGGCGUCACGCUCUUCUUCAAGGUUCGCGCGCACAACGCGGUCGGCUGGGGCGGGUACUCGCCGGAGGUUGAGGGCACGUGCGCGACGGUCCCCGACCAGCCGCUUGCGCCCCGCCGGGUGAACUCGACGAGGACGUCGAUUACCGUGUCUUGGGAGGCACCGGUGAACAACGGCGCGACGAUCACCUCGUUCAAGUUGUACCGCGCGACCGCCGGGGGGCCCUUUGCCUUGAUUUCCAACGCGCUCAUUACAGAGUACGUCUCGCUAGGCCUCUCCCCCGGUACGGAGUACCGGUUCCGGGUGUCCGCCGUGAACAACGCGGGCGAGUCCGCGGUUUCUGACAUCAUUCUCAUCAAAGCCGCCGGCGUUCCCGGCCCGCCGACCGACAUCGGCUUCACGUACGCCUCUCGGUCCGGCACCGUGGUGUCCUGGACCGCGCCUUUGGACGACGGCGGUGCGCCGAUUACUCAAUACCAGGUGUACUACGGAUUGAACAGCGAAUCCACGUUGAACCGCCUCGCCUGGACGGGCGCCGGGACCGCGACGGAAUUCCUGACUUUCGCGAGCGGGAAUCGGUACAAGUUUCAAGUUGUCGCGCACAACGAAAUCUCGCUAAACUUCGGGGUGUCCGGCCUCCCCUCGGCAGUUGCAAAUUGGUACGCCGCGGUUCCGCCGGGGGCACCGAGACUGUUCCUGAACGACAGUUCGAUUGGAACAAUCACGUUUGAGUGGCUUCCGCCUCUGGACGACGGGGGCGCGACGAUCACGGCGUUCAAUCUCUUCAUCGACGACGGCGCGGGCGGUCCGGUGGCGAAGGUGUACACUGGGCUCGAGACCCGGUUCACCAUUUCGGGGCUCGCCACCGGCUACACGUAUCGGGUGGAACUCACCGCGGAGAAUCAGGCGGGCGUUUCCGCGCCGUCGACGCUGAACGCGAUCACCUGCGACACCCCGCAGGCGGUUCAAAGCUUCAAGAUUCUGUCCCGGUCGGAAUUGGCGACCACGUUCCAGUGGGUACCGCCCUUGGAAGUGUCGCACUGCCCGAUCCUGGGGUACAUCGUGCAGGGCGGGUACCCGGCGAACAACAUGGUGCAGAUAGGAAGCACCGACGCUGCGGACUUGACAACGUUCACCUACACGCACCCGGCGCAAGACGAGUACCGGUACUACACGGUGUCGGUUGAGAAUUUCAAAACGAAAAAUUCCCUCGCGGCCGGCAUCCCGUACGCGCCAGCGAUCCUAGCCUUGACCGCCGGCGCGCCGACAAAGCCCCUGGACGUGAAGGCGGCGGCGAUCAAUUUGACAGACAUUACGCUGACCUGGACGGCGCCUCUUUCCAACGGGGGAUCGCCGAUCACCGCUUACUACGUCUACAAGAACGACGGACAGGGAGGCAACGUGUACUCCGAUGCGCUCGGGACGGGGCAGGUGAUCACCACGCAGACAGCUACUGUGACCGCUUUGACCACCGGGUACUUCUACAAAUUUCAGGUGGCGGCGAUCAACCGGGUGGUCACCGACAACCCCCUGUCCGAUGUUACCCCGCAGUUCUCCGACCCCUUCUCCGCGUUUAUCGCGGUAACGCCGGGCGUUCCCGACAAGCCGGAAGUGAUCAACGGAACCCGGACGCCGAGCGGGAUUACCCUCAAAUGGACCGUUCCGUUACUCGCGGACGGGGUCACGGAGGACAACGGCGGGCAGCGGAUCACGGGAUAUCGGUUGUAUCGAGAUGACGGCGCGACCGCGGUGCCCAACAUUUUGAUCUGGAACGGGGAGUCGCAAGCGAACAUUUUCGAGUUCGCGGUCACGGGCUUGAACCCCGGAACGGACUACGUGUUCGCGGUCACGGCGCUGAACACGGCGGGCGAGUCGGCGAAAUCGGAAUACCUGUAUUUCUCCGCGGGACAGGGCCCGUCGUUCACGAGUGCCCCCAGCCGAAAUCCCACCGUGCUCCCGACCGAUUCCAGUUCCAUCGCGCUGCAGUGGAACACGCCGGAGAAUUUGAACAACCAGGUGGUCGAAAUGUACAAGGUGCUGCGCGACGACGGGGCGUACGGGGAUUUUGUCGAAAUUGCAACGACCACGAACCGGAAUUACACGGUGAACUUCAACGAGGUCGCCACGGCAACCAACAACACGUAUCCGAAUCCCGAUUCGGUCUUCUACCGGUUCGUGAUCCAGGCAAAGAACGCGGUCGGUUGGGGCGUCUACUCACCGGUCUUCCGAACGCAGAUCUGCGGGAAGCCGAGCAAUCCCGAGUCGUUUGAGUUCAAAGAUUUCACGGACGACGGGGUGACGCUAGUCUUUUCCGCGCCGACCAACGGCGGUUGCUCGCAGCCCUUCAUCACGAAGUACAAGAUCUUCAUGUAUCGCCAGAAAAAACUGCUUCACUGUAUUAAACUUGUAAUGCAGAAAAUGCACUGCGCAAGUGUUUGUCUUGCUACACAUGCAAGACAGUGGGUUUUUAGCUGCGUUUUCCCGUUGGAACCUUGCGUGGCAAAUUUUCUCUGUCAUGUAGAACAAACUUGUGAUGCAAAACGUGCAAAAUCCUUACAGUGAAAUACUUUGUUCGUGCGAUAUCAUGAAACAAGCCACCAACGCCUACCUCCAAAUCUACGAGGGCGGCCCGUCGGUUUUGGAGACGACGCUCUCUUCCUUAACCCCGGGAGAGACGUACCAGUUCCAAAUUACCGUGUCCAAUUACGACCAGACCUCCGAUCCCUGGCCGCCAAACAAGAUUUUGACCGUGGGCGCCCCGCCGCAGCCGCCAGGCAUCCCGACCUUCGACGCGACGGCCGCGGAUUCGGCGGUGAUCAAGUUGAACUGGGCUGCCGCCUACUCGGUGCUGACCGUUUCGAAAUACGAACUCUACUACGACAACUCGGUCGUCGGCGCGAUCGACCAGUUGCUGUAUUCUGGCACGGACGUAACCUUCACAAAAACCGACUACACGCCGGGCAACGAGUACAGGUUUCAAGUGCGGGCGGAGAAUUCGAACGGCUUCGGGAUCCGGUCGGGGGUGGGGACUUGGUACGCGAGCAAAAACCCCUUGGAGCCGAACAAUAUCGCGUACUACGCGUCCACCAGGACGACUUUAUUGAUUUCCUGGGACCCGCCGAGCAUCCAAAACGCGAAUGACGCGCCGCUGAAGAAGUACGUGAUUGGCUGGAAGGACAUGACAGCGGGCGGGGAGGAGCAAUUCCUAAACGUCCCGCCCGCGGCUCGCUACGGUGGCCCGACCGACGCCUUAGUCACGGGAAACACGAUUCAACUGCGGAUCCAGGCCUGCAACAUCAACGCUUGCGGGCCUUUCACGUCCGUUGUCAAUCUAGUAGUCGGCGGUCUCCCCGAGAAGCCGGACCCGUCGACGGUGUUGAACUCGACUACAAGCGAAAUCACGCUGCAGUGGUCCUACGCGGGGAAGGAUAAUGGCGGGGUGACGAUCAACAAGUUCGCGGUCUUCGUCUCCGGGAACGGCGGAUCCACCUACAGCCUCGCGGGCUACACCCCCUCCGCCGCGGAAACCUAUUUCACCUACGCUUGUCCCGCUUCCGGUGCGACGUUCUACUUCAAGGUGGCGGCGAUGAACGGCGUUGGGGGCUCUGCAACGAGCACCGGGGCGUUCUCUGACUCCGUCGCCCUAGUUUGCACCGGGCCACCGGCAACCCCGGCAAGUCCGACGCUGACCGGUUCGCAAGGUUCCAUCGUCGUGGCUUUGUACAACCCGUCGACCUUGCAACUGAAUGGUGCGACGCACACGGGCUGGGAAAUCCAGAUUGACGACGAAAAUGACGCGGACGAUGUGUUCGAGGUGAUCGCCUUCAACGACGCCAGUUCGCUCUCCUACACCUACACCAACAACGUCACCACGGGGCACAGCUACCGUGCGAAGAUCCGGCUUUGCUCCUCCGUUGGCUGCUCCGCGUUGUCCCCCGUUUCCUCCUCGGUCAAAGCGGCCUCGGUCCCGUCUCCGGUCGACAACGUGCGGGCAUUGGCUUCGGAUGACGGGUCGGUGACCGUGGGGUGGGACUUCACGGGGUCGAACGGCGGGUCGGUGAUCACGGGGUUUUUGGUCUACGUCGCGGACGCGGACGGGAACACGUACACGGCCACGGUCUCUGAUCCUAACACGAAGCAGUACGUGCAACAGUGCGCGCAAAACGGGUUCAAUGCGGCGAGGUACAAAAUCUUUUACUUCUUUUCAAUCGUUCCAUAGAGGGAGGUGAUAUGUGAUGAACAUGAAGAAGAAGAUGAGUUUGAUGUGCCCCGCAGAUUCUGUUCUGUUCGUCACCGAAUGAAGGCACUAAGCAUUUACUAAAAAAAUCGAAAACCACAGAAAAUUCCUUUUCUUCAACGUGGCGGCCCAGAACGCGAACGGCAUUUCGGGUCUCUCCGACACGCUAGCCCGGCGCUGCUCCCAAGCCCCGGCGACCCCCGACACACCGACCUACGUCUCCUCCACCGCGACCUCGAUCACGGUCUCGUGGCCCACCCCGGACAUGCACGGGGCGCUGCACUUGUUCUCCACGGUGUUCGUCGACAACGGCGCCAACGGGGCGUUUGGAUCCAUAAAAUUAACCGACAUCACGCAGUCGCAGUACACGGCAACGGGUCUCACCAGUGGUAACACGUACCGUUUCAAGGUCGCGGUCACUUCCGAGGCCGGGCAGUCCGCGGAGUCCGGCAUCCUGUCCGUCGUGUCCGCGACUGUGCCGGGGAAGGGGUCUUUGAUCAAAGCAGCGUCGACCAACGGGGACAUCACCUUGACGGUGCAGCUCCCCGAGUCCACCGGCGGAUCACCGCUCACCGGGUACAAGAUCUACGAGUCCACCGACGGGGUCAACUUCAACGCCGGAACCGCUUUCACGGACCUCACCGCCUUGAACUACACGAGGCUCGGCUGCAACUUUGGCAACAACUACUGGUUCCGCAUGACGGCGACCAGCGGGGUGGGGGAUUCUCCCUUUUCCGACUACAUCCGCGUCCGGUGUUCCGCGCCGCCAAACACCCCGACUGCGCCGACGUUGGCUUCCUCCACGAAAACUUCCAUCACGAUCGGCUACAGCUACGGGAACAUUGCAAAUCUCAACAACGUAUCAAAUGCAAAUAUGUCUGGGUCUGGAAGAGUAUUGUGCUGCUUGUGCAUGUUGACACAGAAGGUAUGGCAUGCAAGGCCUAGCGUCACAGGUUUUGAGCCGGCUUCGCAAUACCUCAUCCGCAUGAAAAGCGCCGUCUUUGGGAGGUGACAAGAAAUGAGCAACUUUUGCGGUCCAUGCAUGACAGAUUUUUGUCUGGUAUGAAACGCGCAUCAGAAGUUUACAUGUUUCCAGACCCAGACAUAUUUGCAUUUGAUACAACGCGGUGUUGCAGGGGUACACGGUUUACAUCGACGACGGGAAUGGAGGGCCGUUUUUAUCCUACUCAGUCUCGGAUGUCACACAGCAAACGUACACGUUUAACAACCUGGUGACGUCUCUGCCUUAUCGGUUCUUGGUGCAGAUCAUCAGUGACGCUGGGACGUCCUCCGUCUCCCCCGCUGCCACGUUCUAUGCCGCGGCGAAAGCGAAUAAGCUGCCCGAUGAUUCACUGUUUGUCUCCGCGAGCACAGCGAAUUCGAUUACGCUCGCGUGGGUGCAGCCGAGCACGUAUUUUCGUUUGUGACAGUUUCGAUCGUGGUUUUAUUGCGUUUGAUUUCUUGCUCGUUAGUUACAGUUCCUGCAAGCUGCACGUUGACCACAGACUGCAUUCAUCUUGUUCCGAAUGCGAAAGCUAACACAUGAUUAUGAUUCAUGGAAACAAAAACAACAGGUACGACAGCGGCGGCGCUCCGGUGACCAACUGGCUUGUGUGGGCCACGUCGGACCGGUAUAAUUUCCAACUAUGCAUGGUAAAUAUGUCAUCUGGGUUUCCGGGAAGAUUGCAAGAGUUCCAAUGCUUGUCUGACAUGGCCGUAGAUGUUGUGACGCAUGUCGCGAAAGGAAGCGCGGGCAUGUCUAUGCAAAAAUGCGUAACUCCCGGCUCCGCAAAAACUUGUCACGCUUGGCUGACUACUGUAUGUGUUUGGGGUUUGCCUUUGCGGUCUAGCAUGACAACUUCCCGGACCCAGAUGACAUAUUUGCAUUUGAUACCAACUCGGAGAGAACAACGCAAACAUUCGAACCACUUCCGGUGCCGUUUUCACCGGCACUUACGUUCCCUGCGCGGUCGCAAAUGCGUACGUGUUCUUCAAGAUCGCUGCCUUGACUGCUGCGGGAGUUGGGGAGUACAGCGAGGGUAGACGAUUCCGGUGCUCGCCCAAGCCGGACCGACCGAGCCCGCCGACCCGGUUGAGCUCGACGGACACGUCCAUCACGAUCCAGUUUGCGCCGGGGAAUUUGAACAGCGGGAUCCACUACGGCUACGCAAUCUACGUGGACGACGGGCAAGCCGGGAGUUACACGAGGACCUUUGUCGCGGACACAAGUCAGACCACGUACACCGCGAGUGGGUUAACGACGGCGUUAGGGUAAACCAAGGAUGGAACAACUUUUUUUUGUCCAGUGUCUGUGAGGGGAUUCUUGCUAGUUUUGCAUGGCAAUUUUUAUGCCUGGCAGCUCCACACAUCACGCUUUCAUUUUCUCGGUUUUUAUGACAAAACAAACGUCAAAUGAAACACCGCAUGAAACAAACAACAGGUACCGCUUCCGGAUCGCGGUUGUUUCUGAGGUUGGCGAAUCAGAUCCGUCUAACGCCGCGACCUUCUACCCGGGAAGCAGAGCGUCCGCUCCCAGCCCCCCGUACUUCAUUUCCUCUACUGCAAAUACCCUGACUGUUGGUUGGACUGCGGGUGCCAGCUCGGGGGGGAAUACGAUCAUUUCUUGGAGGUUAGAGGCAUCCAACACUCUGUCGACGUUCCCGGCGACCCCGGCGGCAACGACCGGGGCGGUCACAUUGCAGGCGACGGUGCCGUGUACCAACAUUGCCAAUCAGAAUCUGGUGCAGCAGUACGUGUACUUUCGGGUCGCUGCAGAGACGAACGCGGCUUUGGGAUACUACAGUCCGGCGGUAAAAAUUUGGCGUGCCGAAAAUAUUGAAAAGCAUGAUAGCGCUAAAAAAGUAGAAGAGGUCGUUUUUUUGUGAAGAAGGAGACGACACCAGAAGAAUCAAUCUGCAUCUGGUAUUAAAAUCGAAAAGACCCGAAGAUAUAAAAUCAGGUCCGUCUUUUCUGCGCCCUCGCGCCCGCGAAACCCACGGUUUCUGAAGAGAAGGCCAGUUCCAGUACAAGUGGAAUUAAGCUCACCUGGGUGGAAGGCGACCUUUACCAGGCACAACUCCUCGAGUACAAAGUGUACGCCAACGACGGCCUUGGUGGGGAUCUGAAGCACGUCGCCACCGUUGCGGAUAGUUCACAGAGAAACUACGUGUUCGCGCCGGCGAUCGCGAAUAGACCCUACAAGUUCAAGGUGUCCGUCGUCAGCUCGGUCGCGGAGGGAGCUUUAUCCGACGAGUACACGGGCUGGAGUUGCGGGUUGUAUCAAAUGCAAAUAUGGAGGACGUGGGUCUGGAUAGGAGUGCAUGAAAAAGUGAAAUAAAAAUAAAAAAAGUUAUGCAUCUUUUGAACCACGCAGAUGGUGCUCGUCUAGAAAAAUACACGCAAGAGCAUUUUUACGGGUUCAACAUUUGCGAAGGCUUGUUGAUGCCUUGUUGUUCCCCGCGUGAGGAUGAGAAAUGUGCACUUUGUUAUAGAAAGAAGUGCUGCGCAACUACUUUUGACGUACUGAAGUCAACAGCAUCACAAGUUGGAUGAACUGUUCCAGACCCAGAUCGAUAUUUGCAAAGCAUAGGUUGCCGAACGUGACAAAUUCGAUUCCAACCGUGAAAACCGGAUUGGUGGUCGGGAAUGAUUUCCAACUGUCUUUGCAGUGGGGCGCGCCAAGUGAAGAUGGGGGUUGCUCGGUAAUGGUUACUUAUGUCUGUUUUCGUGCUAUCCUACUACUGCUAGCAAACGCAUGCGACAAGAAGUUAAAGUUUUGUCAUGCUGCAUAUAGUACUACGGUUACACUUACAAGUACAAUCAUCAUUCAUGGCGGAAUAAAAACCUCUAUGUAUGAUCAUGAUUUCCGUCAGGUUCUUGGUUACCGCGUGAUGAAGGCCAACUACCGGCAGACGCCAACCGGCACGGAACUUGGCGACUCCGUUUACACCGAUGUGCAGCCGGGCGGCGGUACUCCGGAUUUCGACCUGGAUCCAACGCAGCUGACCCUGAUGAGUUACAGCACGAAUAUCGUCGUGGGCAACUUCCACAAGUUCAAAAUUGCCGUCGUGACAAAUAAAGGAACAACAGAAACACCCGAGCAGCUGAUCAAGGUAAAUGAGUUGAGGUUCUUUUUUUCUCAUCUACUGCGUUUUUAUGUACGACCACCAGCAGCACCGGAUUCAAUUUUUUUUUUCGCUUGAGUCGAUGUCAUCAAACAAGAAAUCAAUGAUCUACUUAUCAUGAUCAUGACCUACGCUUUAAGAAUUAUGGCCACCUCUGAGUUUCUUUCGUAUACGAUCUGGAUUUUUACUUCUCCUAGCAUUCGGCGUGGCACAUUGUGUGCUGAAUACUUACAACCACUGAUCUCACUUCUAGAAAAGUAAAUGCAUCCUCAUUCCACUGAAAAACGACCGGGGAGCCGCGUCUCUGCGUUUCUUGUGAUCAAACAGAGCCUGGCAUUGCUCCAACGAAAACCCCAAACACUCUCAGGCCGCCGGUACUCCGAACGCCCUUGCCUCCGCACCAAGUCAAGACGUGAGCGGCUCUGGCCCGAACCAGAUCAAGGUGACAUGGGGCAUUGUGCAGAACAACGGUGGAACCGUGAUAGGGUAUGAAUUUAGGUUGCUCCUGUGUUGCCGCCGUCAUGAACGAAUUCCAUAAAGCCAUGCACGACCAAUAAGCGACGACAAUUGAUUCAUUGAUUUGCGUUUGUGCAGCUCUAUGAUCUGUAGCUCCACUACAUGCACAACAUACUGGCUUCAACUUCAAUCGCUUUCGCAUGAUGACUAAACCGUAUGAUCUCGGAAGUGCACCUCAGUUUCAACUUUUUUGAAACGAUGCCGACCGAAAAGUCCAACACAGGUAAGUCUGAAAAUGAAGAAAUGACACUGAUCAAGAACAUGAAGCAGUUAAAGCAUGAAAAUAAAAAAAGCAGUUAAAAAGUUAGUACUCAUCACUGCAGCACGUGCACGAUUCAUCGUUCAUCCGCAUGAGGAAAAACCAAUUUUUAUUAGGCACGGCUUUCUCGGCGAGUCGUUCUCUUUUUCUCUGAAAGAGGAGUUUUUGCCGAAGAUGGCCUUGUCGAAGACAAACUAAACGAAUUGGAGUAGUCUGAGAUGUUAGAAGGAAAAAGCUACAUGAUCGUCUUAAAGAGCAAAGACAAGCACUGCUCGUGGUAGACCUGGCAGACAACGUUCUCUUGCAGUUUCUUCAGAUAGCUGAAAGCGCUCUGCUGCUGCGUCAAUCGAAAUGAAAUUUAUAGUCAUUUUUCAAUAUUAUUAAAACUUUAUUGCAGUUACAAGCUUUACCGCAACUCUGGUGGCGCGUCGUCCAUUUCCGAUGUUGCAGACACGACGUGCGGUAUGGAGACCUCGCCCGCGCCCCAGUCCUGCACGGUCACCGGUUUGACCUCUGGUUUGAACUACCAGAUGCAAGUUUCCACCGUGAACGAAGUCGGAGAGUCCGGCCGCUCACCCACCGCUUCCGUGUUCGCAGCUACGGUUCCGUCCCCACCGACCAACGUUCAAAUCUCCGCCGCGACUUAUUCCCCUCCCUCCCUCACCAUCGUCUGGGACCCGUCCGCGGAUCAAGGUUCUGCGGUCUUCAACUACGAGAUCGCGAUUUCCCUCGCCGCGGUGGAUCAGCCGCAGAUCGUGUCGAUGGGCGGGACCGCGGCGGCACCCUGGAACUUGCUGUACCAACCCGCGUACACGGUGGCUGCGACGGACAUCACGCCAAACCUCGUGGCGAUAUCAAGUGCAAAAGUGUCUGGGUCUGGAAGAAUUCAUGUUUGUCAUGCUUGUCUAUCAUGACUCUUAAAUCUGUCAUGCACGUUACCCCAGAGCUCCGUUUUUCUGUGAUGCAGAAGCGCAGUUUGUCAUGCAGAAUAGACAACACCUAGGAGCUCAGAAACUUUUCAUGCUGAGCCAGCAUCUGUGGCCUCAUCAUGAGACGCCACCCAGCAUCACAAGUUUCCAGACCCAGACAUUUUUACUUUUGAUAGGCGAAUUCGCAGUACAAGGUGAAGAUCCGGGCGUUCAACUCCAUGGGCGCCAGCGCCUACUCGACGUACACAUCGUAUGGAAGUGUCAGAAUCGAAAUCGUCAAAAUCGAAAAAUUUGCGAUGCACAAAAUCGAUGCCAGUUGGAGCCUCAGUUUUCAAGUGGCGCAUGACAAAUUUCGGGACCACCAAAAUCCAGUCUGUCAUGCUGUUUGGGCGAAGCAGACUGCUCCUGUCGUGCUACUCUGGCAACACAUUUUACACCCCUAAACAGGUUUACAAUCGGUCUCAUUUGCCUGCUUCCCAAAACAGGCCUCGCGUGCCCUACAUUUUAUGCAUCACAAAUUUUUCGAUUUUGUUGAUUUCGAUUCUGGCACUCCCAUACCUCGACUUCGGACGGGUACGGGUACGCGGUUUCCCCGCCGACCAAGAUCACCGUAUCGUAAGGAAAAAUCCCCCCUCCCCAUAUCGAAAAGGCACGCUUUUGGAACUUUCUGAUGCUGAUUUGUAGUCACAAAUCGCGCGUGUCUUGCUACAAAGCAACUCCACAGGCUCCGCCGCAUUAUGCAAGCGGUUUGUGAUGCUGCUGGGGCUACAGCGUCGACAUUUGCCAUGGUUGGCGUCUAUGUGAAGACCUGACUUCUACCCAGGCUCGGCAUAUGCCUGCAGUCCACUACUGCAAGACAAGGCUGAUUGAUCAGAAGCCUCGUUUUGAUAUGGGGAGGGGGGAUUUUUCCUUCUGAUACACCGGGGUGCAGAGACACGAAGAUACGGUGGUCACCAACAGCACGAUCAAAAUGCAGUGGAACCAACUGCCCUUCACGGAAACCGGGCGUGGCGGGUCCCAAAACGCGGAGAUUACCUACAAGGUGUACGGCGAUCAGGUGGACGGGAAGCAGGGGACGCUGCUCGCUACGGUGGCGCCGAAAAAUUCCGGCACGUCGGCGACCAACGAGUACGAGUUCCUGCAGGUCACUUCUGGCCAAGUCUGGUACUUUGCGAUCGCGGCCAGUAACUCCGGGUUCUAUGACUCCGAAUUGUCCGACAUCAUCCGCAUGAAGGCGGCGCUCCCGCCAGACAGCGUGAAAUCCGUCACGGCGACCAGUGUCAUACAGUCAAAUGUACUUUUUCACGAUAAUGGAUUUUCAUUUUUUUUUUGUCGUUGUAGGUCGGUGCAAAGUAGUAAACGAAUGGAAAUUUGAUUCCAUGUUGCAUUAUGACGAGAAUUACUUAACAAGAAACCACCAAAAUGCUUCUCACUCAGGUUGUCCUCACGUGGGUGCCACCAGACAACGAUGGUGGUGAUACGAUCAUUGGUUACCUCGUGAGGAGCAACCAGGGCCUGAACACCUACAUCUCGGUCGACAACACCAUGACGUCCUACACGUUCACAACGGAAGACGCCAAUGCCGACCGCGCGUUUGACGUGCACGCGAUUAACACCGUGCAGAAAUCCGCGGUAUUGACGGUCACAGUGGGUAUCCACCAGUGUCUGGGUGGCUGCACGCAGGCCAGCACGGUGACAGUGGCCGCCAGUAGAUAAAAGAGGGAAAGAAAGUGGCGAUCAUGAUGUCGGUCUGGGGUCAUGGCCGUGGGAGAUUUUUUAGGUCUCAAACAUAAUGUGUUGCAGAUGUAUUAAGGCAGCAGCACACGAAAUAAUAAAAGCGGUUUCAAUUAUUGAUUGCACGGCGUUAUUUGCGGAAUGUACCCAGCUUGGAGUUGUGAUCAGAUUUGUUUAUCAUAAUUUUAUGCAGUAUGUCGAUUUUUUCUUUUUGUUUGUCUUACUUUUUUUCUCAGAUAACAGUGCAGCAACGCAGGUCGUCAACUAAAAGCAAGAUCUGUCGUGGCCAAAUAAUUCUUUAGUUUCUAGCAAUUUACCUAUCUGCGAACUUGUUUCUAAACUGGUUUUUUUCUUUUCGUACUUUUUUUCACUUUUACAUUUAAUACCUAUCCAAUGUUGUAACAACCUAUUUCCCUUGUUUUCUGUCAGGACCUGGGCCAGCUUUCGCCGGGGACACGCUAAGCGUAUUAAGGAGAGCGAAGAGCAUCUCCAUUGGCACGCGAAAGUCUGAUUUCACUUCUAGACUCGAACGGCAUCAGACUUAUUUCUCACCGCACCCCGGUGGCGCCAAUGAAGAUGUCGUGCGAUUUGGGGAACCUUCUCCUUAAUUCUGUUGAAUAACAUCGUUACCGGCCGAGAAUUUGAUGAGUAUGCUAUGGAUUACAAAAUUUCAAAAUGCUAGUGUCUUCCGGCCGGCCUUGACGCAAACUGACUACUAAAAACCUCGCGGUAGCUGGGGGGCGUUCUAGUCUUCGGUCUAGAUCGUCGUCCUCUACCAGGCUUGUACUACCUGAAAGGAGAACUUCGGCUAGGGCAACAAGAUAACACCAAGCAGCAUCCGCACGCAGCAUCCGACCCGAGAGUAGUCAGCCGGGCCAUUUCUGAAGGCGCUGCGAGGUGGGCGGAGAGGCAUCACGCUAGCAGUUGGACGGGAGCAAGGCCAGCGUUCUUCUGUGUGAUGUUCGUCGUAUACUGUCCUGCCUAGUUCACCUAUGUAGGUUAUCUCUCUCUCUCUCUCUAGUGAAUAUGGUUCAAUGCAUGAAGACAAAGAUUAUCAGAAACUUCAGUGUGUUGAUAUGAGUUAGUCUGAAAACAUUUCUUACAGAAGACAUCGGAUAGUUGGUCAUGGCAGUCGCAGUUUUUAAUCAAUCUCUCCUGGUAUUAACGCCAGGUGCGGUCAGUCGCCAGAAUGAAAAUUUCUAGUGUCUUUGAUUGACCGAAAUGAGACGAAAACAGGAUCCCAGGCACUCUAGAUUGCAGGCAGAAAUGCGACCUUGUCUCGAUAGAUUUUUGGUUUCGAUAGUUUUUUCUUUGGUCAGAGCUUUGUUUCGGGAAUUUUGAAGAUAAAAGAGAAAGAGAUAUACACCUGAGAUUUCACGCCGUGUUUCCAUCUCACGAAUAGAUCAAAGCACGAUGAAAUACUAAAUGCAAAUAUCACAUUGGUAAAAAAUACAAGAAGCAACGCCAU